AUGACAGAAUCUCAUUCUGGUGAAGACAGUGACUCACAAGAGACCUUCUCCAGGGAGGCAUUCCAAAAACAACGCCAAAAGAGGUGGGUACGCAAUAAAAUUUGAAAUGCGAUGUCUUGAGCAUGAAAUUUAACAGGCCUUAUAUUCUAGGGAAUUUAGGUCUGACCUUAACCGCUCAUUAAUGCAAAAACAUAAAAGGAGACCGGCGAGUGUAUAUCAGUGCACAAUGUCAAAAAAGAAAAUAUUUUCUGAAAACCAUACGCAAAAAUACUCAUGAGCUCCAAUGAGUGGUUUUUGAAAACGAAGCCGAAUUCCUAACUAAAACUGACAUAUUUCCAUUAGUUGUCUGAGAACGCAAUAUCAGUAGUACCUAAUUUGGGACUGUUUGCCUGAAUCCUAUACUUUCAUGCAUGUUUCGAAAAACAAAAUUAUGGUACGCGGGUUGUUAUGGAAUAAUUUAGAAAGGUCAGAGUACUCUCUGCUUGCCAAUGUUGGAAGCAUACGUGCUGACUCAGCUACUGAUACAUAUGAUAAGAGAAAUUUUGGUAGAAGUAAACAGUGAAAAGGUACUUGAAAGUCCUAUGGGAUAAACUUUGGCAUUUUUAAUUAAAAGGAAUUUCAAACAUUGUUCAAUGCUUAUGACGGCAUUCAGCCUUCCUUAGAAAUAAAAAUGAUCCAAAUUGUUUCGUACGAAGGAAAGACCUCAGUAGGUAUUAUAUAAUUAGUCGAUGGGAACUGUGUGCGUAGGACGUCGUCAAUUCACUAGCAAUCAGAUGAUUGCCUGCGCAAAUUGCCAAAUAGGCCUGGAACUGUUAAAUUUAGCAACAGGCACUAUGUUGUUUAAGACGUCCGCGGAACCAGGAGGUGGUCAUUUCUAAAGAUCAUUCUUUCAUCCUCUCACUCAAAAGGCGUCGGGUACGUCACAUCGCGCCCUCUGAGACGGACAUAUUUUAUAAGGGCUUUUGAACGCGUAGUGGAAAUCCGAAUUAACUGGACAUUUGCCAUGAAUGUAACGACAUUUCGAGUUAUUGAAGUCAACUGUUCAUGUUCCGAAGCGGCAGGUUUAAAACCAACACGGUUUCCCCUUGUAAAUAUAAUUUAAUCGUCUCUUCACCAUGACCGUAGGAAGUGUAUCUGAGUGCAUGAGGCAAGAAUAGAAAUGCCAAUACACACCUAAAUUAGAAAAAAAUUUAGGAGAAACUGUAAACUUGAUUUCCUUAAACGCUGGACUGGUGCCUUAUUUGAUUUUUUAUCUCUCCGGGCAUAUGAGCGAAAUCUCUUUAAUAUCUUAACUUUAACCCCCUGACGUUUUUUAACUAGUGUUUGUAGAAGCCCUUAUGACCAAAUUCUUAGAAUCUAUGCAUAACUAAACAGGAAAUACUGCUGAUGAGGAGUGAAAUGUAUGAUAAAGAAGGAAAAGGGUUUAUGUGACGUAAUUUUGCUGUUUUAUAAACGGUAGAUUUGAGUUUAUCAAAAAUAAAUUCAAAGCCAAUGAACGGUAGCAAAAUGUUAUGGUGUUUCGUCGACAGCCGAGCAAACCUAUCAGCAAUCUGAGGGGCAGGAGACGUCGGCUUCUAAAGAAAAAAUUAAAUUUGUAUUAAAUGAAAUUUAUGUCAUUGCAUCCGGCGAAAAAAGUAUACUGAAGAUGGACGUGUAAGAAAGCCUAAGUGCGGCAGCUGAUAAGCCGUCGCGAAAUUUGUUGGUUCUAAUAAAUUCUGCUGUGUAUGCCUGCUUCAAAUUUAUUACGGGAAAUAUUGCAUUAAAAUAUUAAUUUUUAUUACUUCUGGGAAACUACGAAAUGUUUUUUAGGUUAAACCACUUUCUCAAAUAGUUUGAGUCUUAAGUGGCAACGUUGAUUUCCUGAGAGGCGGCACUAUUGCCAAAUCCUAAUUGGUCAAUUUGUAGAAUUAUUUACUUCUUGAUAACUUUUCUUCGAGCAACUCUGUGAGCAGCAACGGCAUGAAGGUGUUCAAUGUGUCGCGUACAGCCAUUGUUGUCACAGCUCACCAUUUUGGGGUUAGGAGAUUUGUGUUACAUAUGCUUCUGAAAGAUCAAAGAUAAAGCCGCCAACGAAGUUUUCCAGCCGUUUUCAUAGGGAGUCUUGACUAAAAAAGUACGUAAACCUACUUUACAUAAUCAUUAUGCUUUCCAUUGACACUGAACUCGUUCAGAAUCUUAAAUGGCCAUUAACAUUUUCGUCCAAACGAAGAUAAGCUAUUUAUAUUCAACGUAAGUCUAUCUUAUGGAUGAAAACUGAUUUCCGAAUUUAAUUCAGCCGUAGGCGCGGAGGAAAAUUAAUAUUUUUAUUUCUCUGCUUAAAGGGUGGGUGAGAGAAUAUCUGAGCAAGGUGCAUUAGACGUUGAUAAAGGUGCCCAGCGUGUUUGCGCUACAAUAGAUACAUUCUCAAAUGUCUCAGGGUUUUUCAGUUUACCCGUGAAGUACACUGGAUUAAACCUGAACUAUUCUGGUCUCGUUCAUGACAUAGCAAAAACACAUGUAUGUCGUCCAAAGCUCUACGACUGAGCAGCAAUGCCCUGUUUGUUGCAAUCAUAAAUUUUAAUCCUGUUGCAAGCGAACCCACCGAUCGGGUCACGGGACAUGGUCGUCCGUUGUGCUUUGAGGUUCAAUCAGAUGUCGCCGUAGGCAAUCGGUGGACGAACAGAAGUAUAUGCAAGCGUAAAUACUGGUUGAACUAGCGUGUCAUCCGAUUGAUAUUUUUAAAAUUUCAGAGUCAGUAUUUCCAGACGGGGAUAAGGACAAAUAGUAAACUAUUCAUGCACACUAUAAUUGCAUUUGUAAACGAUUUUGCUUGUUAAUUUCCUCAGUUAUUUGAUGUGGCUUUUAACCGACCCUUUGCCGCUUCAUGUGGCCAAGUGCGCUGUAUUAUUUUAUUUAAACUGCGGAAAAACCAAAAAACUAGCCGUUUGAAGCAUCAUUGGGAAAAAAAUCCAGUGACCAAAGCAGCAAAAUAAUUUUUUUUCUUGCCAGAGGUUGCUAACUAACCUGGAGAUUGUUUUGACUAGCGCACUAUUUCUGUUUAGGCAGUGCAGAUGCAAGCGCUUUGUAACCGAUGUAUAAAACCAUAAACAAAAUAGUAAUUAAUUAUUUCUAAGGUCGCUGUCUAAUAACCAGGUUUUUGGUAAUGAUCGGAGAAACGGAUAGGACCAUCUGCGAUUAUUCGCUAAAUACACUCUUUACAUGCCCGCAUUAGUCAUAUCCUAUGUUUGUAUAGAAGCACAGCCGUAACUAAGCGUCUAGCAACAGGCUUAAAAUAGAUUUUUCUCACAAAAUUCCACUUAACCGUGGAUAGGUCGUCUUUGUAAUGAAUCAAGCGGGCGUGCUGACCCCUUCAUCGUAUAACUAUUUAAGCACUGCAGUUCGAUAAAAAGCUAUGAUUCAUUGAGAAGGCAAAUUUUGUAUCAUUGUUAGUCAGGUUUCUUCGCUAUGAAUGACGAGUUUACCCAAUCCUAAUCUUGAAAUAGGUGAAGAAUGCAAUUAAACACUUUAAUAAAGGCUUGAAGGAUAAUUUGACUGUAUGCGCUUGUAAACGUGGUUACACAAAGUUGUCCAAGUUGUCACGCACAAAUUCAAUGGUCCAACUGCGAGAUAAUAAAGGGGUCAGAUGAACCUAACUGAGAAAGUUUGUCUGAGCGUUGUGCUUAAAACAUGUUGGCGUACUCCAUUUAUCCCCAAAUUCUGCAGCAGGUGGACCAUGAAAAGUGUUAAGCAGCCUUUUUGUACGCGCAGUUCAAAGGAAGUCCAGUAAAAUAUUAAGUUUAAGGUUUUUUUAUUAAAGUUUAUUUUUAAAUAUUUAAAUUUUUUUUAUUUUUAAAUAUUUUUUUUAUUAUAUUAUUAUUUUUAAAUACGAAGAUCGGUAUUGAAUGAGGGUGCAAGAAGGAUUACAAAGGGGCAUGAUAUUUAAUCGUUUAUCUACGACAGAAUGCUGACUUUUACCUGACAAUCUUUCCUGUCACCCGCUUCUGUGACCUCCGGAAAAUAAAAAAAUUUGCAAUGCCUCAUUUAUCCGUAGACUUCCAUGGCUGUAAAAUAUUGUAAUGUGCCGAGAUUCUAAGAUACCGUGGCAUUUCGAAGCCGGAUAUUUGAAAGUGCGGAAUCCCUAACAUUAUUAAACACCGCAAUGUUCGUGUUUGUUGAAAUAUGGCAUUCACGGGUGCAACGUCGUGCAGCUUCUGAACAUUCUCGCUGGGAUAUCUUUACAUCUAAGUCGGUGCCACGGUGCAGAUCGCAUUUAUUACUUAGCAAUCAUUACUGGUAAACAUGAUGCUCAUAAAUUAGACGAUAUAUCCUGUCAAUUUUCGAAAAAAAUUAUUGUUUUUAGCUUUAUCGUAAACCAUUAUGUCUCAUCUUCAAGUGUUGCUCUUCAAAAGACCGUUAUUUGCCGUAAAAGGAACAUUUGCAUUGAAAGCUCUCCUAUAUUGUUCCGACGAAAUGCAAUGGAAUUUGCAGGUGGUUAGAACGAUCCUUACUUAACUUAAAGGCUGCUAAUUUACCCACCGUAUCUUGCGGUAUCGGCCAGCUGAAUCGAUAACAUAAUGUCCUUUUGGGAGUCGCUUUCCGCUUGAAAAUUUAGUUAACGCCAUGAGUUUGACCUUUCUUGAUUUUUAUGUUUAGUGCAAUCGCAUUUUAACAGCAAACAAGCAAUAUACCUCAAGGAUUUAAAAAUUGUCUACAUGCUUAUGUGGAUUUAGCUUGCCAACAUUUUUAUGGCAUUCUUAUAAGGCAGAAUCCCUCAACAAAGACAAGACCCAAAUUAGAAAACAAAGCGUAAAUAAUGGCAAAACUAGCGUAAGGUUGUGUAAAUUACGAGUGCAAUUUAUAAGUUUUUAUCUGUGGACAAACCCCCACCUAGGGCAGUGGCCGAUUGAAUCAUCGUCAUUGAUUCAGUUUGUGAACUAGGUAUUAAUUUAAUAAAAUUAACCUUGAAGGCCAAAAUGUCCUCUUUGCUCCAUGCCUGAAACAAAAGUGUAUACUGUUAGCGGCAAUCCCACAGGAAUCAUCGAAAUGUUAUAUGUUGCCCUUAGAUAGAAGGGAAGUCUUGCCCAAUUAACGACGUAGUUGAAAUAUGCUUAGUGAAGAGUGAAGUUUGAGGCUGUUUCAUUGUGUCCAAAUCGUUAAAAGUACGCAAGUUGUGCAUUUGAGUACAGCGUCUACGUUGCAGAGCGUUUGGGAACAGGCACUUAUCACUUUUUUCCAAAAUAGCGGCUCGACCUACGUGCAGUACCUUUGGAUAUCCGCAGACGUUUACGUUAUGACGUUUGUAAACGCCACACGCAUGCAUUUUUCAUUAAACAACGUUGAGCCGCUACUUUAAAAUUCGGUCCACAAAAAAUUUAUGGUAUGUUGUUUAUACCACUUUCGCAUCCUAAGAGGACAUUCUUUUCGCACGCAAACUCAGCAGAUGCUUUGCAAAAUAACCCAUUUUGGUUUCAAUAAUUAAUACAUAGGAGAUAACUGAAACUAACAGCAAAUUCAGGCUUCGCAAGAUCUUGUUUCAUUAUUUGAAGUGAUGUCACUGAAUUACCUCGAAUUUCAUAAAAGGAGCCCCAGAUACAUGCGAGAAAGUUCAAAAAGCGUACUGUGCGUAUAGACCAGUGGUUACCGUUUACGGUUUGACUUCGCAAUAAGUAGUUCAGUACUAGUUUCCGGAGAACAGAUACGAUAAAUAGCCGAAAUUAAUGGUCCGUGUUUAGAUGGAUUGAGAUUUUAUCGACUACAUGAAAAUUUCUACUAAAUCUGAACAAAAAUAAUUAAAAAAUGCCAGAAGGCAGAGUCUUAAGAUGACUAACAGCAUAACUUUACCUACUAGCGACAAUGGAUGUUUGAUCGCUUGACUUAGCGCCAAAUAUUUCGCCCGCUAUUCCUGGGUUCUCUUGAUUCAAAUUUGAAGCAUCGCUCGAAAGAGUAAGCAAAAAGAAACCCUUUUCCGGUUUCCUUUACUUUGCUAGUAACCUUCUUGUAUUGCACCGUGCUAUGAGUUGACAAUCCAGAAUUAAUUCUAACUUAACAUUUGUCGUACUGAUGCCUUCAAAUUUGCGCCAUCAAAUUUUAGUUACUUUGGAGGAUUUAACAAUCUGGCUAUAUCGGCUAUCCUGAAAGUUACUAAGUUGUCCUUCACAGGAUAAUAAAGCUCAUUUGUUGCAGGAAGAAAUAAAAAUAAAGGCAAGAAAGGCUGGGUAGAUAUUUCCGGCUUAUCUGCUGUUGUCAGCCAGUCAAGAACUCCCCUUAAUACUUCUACGUUUUUGCAUUAAGUGAAUAGUACAUCACACAUACCCUUCGUCUACGGUUAUUUUGCCUGAUUUGUCGAAACACCUUCAAAAAACUAAAUUUCUGAACAAUGACUCAUAUGCCUUAUCAGUGGGGCCAGUCUUUGUGCUUAUUGAUGCUGACUGAAUGGAAGGACUGCCUAAGGUGCUAUUCAUAUUGACCCAACUGUGAAAAACUCGGCGUCUCGGUGCGAUUCGAACCCACAACCGUAAGGUGAAGGCUUUAAUACAGCCAACGCUCUAACCACCUGAGCUUCGAGACCCAGCCGGACGACGCGAGUUUAAUCACAUUUGGGUCAAGUUACCCGCCCAACCUACUGCAACGUCUGGGAUCCACCAAAUCUGAUACAGUAAGGUGAGUGCCCAAGCAGGAUUUCCUAAUUAAUUAGCCUAGAAUCCACCAGAUGACUACCAGGCUCUCGGCGGGGCCUCGUAGCUCAAGUGGUUAGAGUGUUGGCUGUACUAAAGCCUUCUCCUUACUGCGUGGGUUCGAAUCCCACCGAGGCGUCGAUUUUUUUCACAAUUGGGUCAAUAUGAAUUAUUCAAAAUCUGCCAAAAUACCUAUAAAGUGCUAUUGUAAUUAAUCACUUAAUUUGGACUCUGUUCACUACAAGCGGAUGAUUAGGUAAUGCACAUAAUUGGUUGAAUGGCAAAAUCUACUGCGUCAUUGGAUGUGGUUAGACUAACGCGACAAAUGUGGCGCAACCUGUUCAGAAUCCUGUGUAAUAAACCGACAAUUUAAUAUAUUAGGUUGUCUUUCAGUCGAAAUUGAUUUCCUGCCCAUUACAGAAACAACGUAGGUACAAUGAAGAGGAAGGGAAUUCCACGGCAACGUUGGCAAAAAAAACGGUUAAGCUGCCCUUGAUAGCAUAAGUAUAAGUGUUUUUGACCACCAUAAGUGGGACCAGAGUAAUAGGCAACUAUCUCAUUAGCGAAUGACUUGGCCUACUGCUGUUUGCUUUUCUUAGCCUUCCCAUCGCCUGUCCAGCGAAACACGUGGUAGAGUAGGCUUUGGCAUACAGCAGGGACAUUAAACCUGCCCAUGGUGUCCUCUUAUCAGUUAGAUUAUCGAUCUCCACAGGGCGUUAGAGCAAACGUAUGGACUUUAGUAGUUUUUUCAUCAAUCAUUGAGUGGCAUUUAUGACAAGUGAUAAGAAAUAACGCAAUUAGGUGUAGAUUUUGCAUUUCAAACUAGGCAAUUUAAGGCAUCUUUUCUUUAUUCUAAAAGAGUAUUUGACAAAGGCAAGAUUCUGUAUCCUACCUGACGCGGAUAAUUAUGCCAAAACUGAGCUUGCGUAUACACUAAAAAGGUAAAUUGCAGUAGAUGUGUUAUCUCAUGAAAUGUUAACCGAAAUUCGGAAAUAUGUUGUCGAUUAAAAAAGAGUACUUGAGUGGAGUCAUAAUAUUAAUUACCAUGGAGCAUAAUCCUAGUAUCUCUCAGUCGCUCCAAGAUGAUGGCUUUUGAGCGAGCUCCGCUCCAACCAUAGGCAAAAACUUUAAGUUGUAAAAAUGACUGCUUAGUGGGUAUGAAUUUUUCUCAUUGAUUUUCAAAGUCACUAUGAACUCCGGUAGACAGCAACACAAGCAUAUUCUUCCUUGUGCUCACUUGGUAGCAGCCAAAUUCUUCACAUGAAGAAGGAUUAUCUUCGGUUUUCGAGAAGGUUUUAAAUCUAUAAUUUUUCGUCCCAAAUGCCGAUACACUUGUAUUCAGGGUUUCUAAACUGUAUUUUGUAUACAUUCUGCUGAAAAAAUAACACAUAUUUCUCUACGCUGUUAGAAAUAUGUCAUAUAUCAGUCUUAAAACUGUUCAAUCGAUGUGAAUCGGGUUGUAUACUCUACGAGUAGCAUUAAUAAACGUGCUGAUAAGGUGUUAUAUGAACAGACAUUUCGAAGUCUCCAAAGAUCUCAUAAUUGUAACCUUUUCUAAAAUCAAAUGCUCCUCUUUCUUCCUUCAAGUAGAUCAUUUGGAGAAGACUUAAUUUGCUAUCAAAUGGACACAAGAAAGAAUAUGUUUGUGCGCGUUUCCUGCAUGACAUCAAAUAUCAGUGAUCGCUUUUAACAAAGUGUAAAUUUUGCGAAUGGCCGAAAUGAAGUCCACUUAAAAGCCAGAAUCCUGGUGUGAGUGAAAUACCCUAGGGUUAUGCCGCACGAUAAUUAGUAUUAUAAUCCCACUUAAGUAAUACUUUCUAAUCGAAAACAUGUUCCAGAAUUUCGGUCAACAUUUCAUCAUAGCAUAUCUACUACAUCUUGUAUUACAAAAAUAGCAACUUCGCACCCAGUAUUUUGUUAUAUCCUCAGUGAGCGCAUGCCUUCCCUCCAGGUAUGCAGCAUAUUUGCAGUCAGAGCUGAAAGCAUGACUUUAAGAUAGGUUUCUAAACUCACCAAAAAUGUAAACCCAAAUAAUACAGACAUUAUAUGCCUUGUCGAAUGGAUUGGCAAUCCAUUGUUGCAUGGUCACGACAUUUUUCACGUCAAGUGAUGAAAUCUGCAUAAACUUAAACUCCCUUCUUUGGUUGGAGGGAAUGAUGGAAUCUACUAGGACUUCUUCAGUCCACAGUUGACGUUUUACAAAAUCGAGUCGACUUUUACAAAUCCUUGGUAAAUUGGAAUAUUUCAAAUGGACGUUUUUAUGAAUCGACACGAGUCAUAAUCAUUUGUUGUAUAGCCUAAGAAAAAUCCGUUCAGGGUCUCGACUUCUUCAGAGUUAGAAUAUUGUCCUGCGCCCCUGGCAACUGGUCCAAGUCUCAGACGUUGAUUCGGGGGAUUCUCCGGAAGUUUGUUCUAAUCAUGGAAACUACAAUUACACGAAAUAAAACAACGGAUUUUUUUAGAGACAGUCUGGGAUAGUGCAUCACAUCCCGUGUCCCAGAUGCCCUUAUACCUAAGGCUUUCAGAGGACGCAUGCUCGAGUCGCGCAUACACGAAGACAAGCCGGCCGAGCAAAGAGGUGAAGCAGUAUCACAAAUUGCUACCUACAACUACGAAAUGGGCCGUAAAUUUAGUUUCGCAGUCAUCAAGGAAAUAAAUCGCGAUGAAAACAAGGCAGACUGAGAAUGGAUUGAAGCCAGAGCUUUAGAUGAGAACUCAGUCGAGCGAUAUAUUGAUAUGAGACCGGCGCCUCCAGAAUUGCGUCAUUUAACGACUGGUUAGUAUCCGCUAUAAUUAUUGGGCUUCCUGUUAUUGCUACUAAAUCUGACGACGUACAGCGAUUGGCCGACCUCGUGAAACGUGGGCCACAAUCCUGAAGUGCAUUUUCGAUUAGAAAGGAUUACUUAAGUGGGGUUGCUACACUUAUUACCAUGAAGCAUAACCCUAUAACAUUUCUGACUUGCCAGGAUGUCGGCUUUUGAGUGCAUUUCAUUUCGACCUCCUGUAGAAACCACACUUUCACAAUAGGCUGUUAAAGUAGCAGGUAUUUUUCACAUUGAUUUUCGAUGAUAUUAUAGAUUUAAAUACAUUGUAUAGAAAAUAUGCACAAAAUUACGCUUUCUUUAACUCGUGCGGUAGACAAUCAACUUGUCUCUACAAGUUGUACUCGAAGAAAUGAUAUCUUCCAGUUUGGGAAACGUUUUUAAUUAUGAGGUUUUUAAGACCGUGCAAUGUCCAUUUAUGCAGCAUCAUACCUGUACGUUUAUCAAUGCUCCUUGUAAAGUAUACAACAUCGUCCGCGUGCAUCGCAAAAUUUUAUGAACUCUAUAUGAUAUUUCCUUAAAUGCGUAGAGGAAUAUAUGAUUUUCCUUAAGCGAAAACGGCUGAUCAGGCCCAAAAUUAUUCGAGAAUCGGUAAACUUUCCUAAAACUUAAAUAUGCGCUCUGUUGAGCACAGCAUGUGACGACAACAUGAUGUUCCAUCAAACGAGUACUCCCGCACGAUUUCAAAUGCCCAGAACAAUAAACAAACUGCUCCGAUGCUCGACCUGUCUUCUCUCUACACAUGCACGUACCUGGAACUUCAGCAUGUGCCUCCAGACAGAUGUGCGUUUGUCUCGUGCUAUGUCACUUUGUAACACGGGAGUAGAUAUUUACGAAAACAUUGAGAACGCAGGAAAAUCACUAGCACACACAUGAAUCGGACAAACGGAUGAUUGCAAGUGAACGCUUGACGCUACCACUCCCACAGUUGCACGUAUCAGCUGAAUUCUGUCGACAAGAGAUUUCACUAUCUGGAUCUACUGUAAACUUGCACUGGCAUGUCCAAUGAGAUGAAAAGUAGCCUUCAGGAUAUCUAAUAGCAAUGAACUUGUCGAGUCUCCAAUCCAAGCUUACCACAAAAUAAAGGUCAAACGUCCGCGGACCUCAGAUAAUAGCCUCUUCAUUCUUCAGAAUGUCUGUUUUGAUCGGGUUUGCUAUCUACAACAAUUACCAAAAAUACCCCCUUUUAUCACUUGGUUUGUGUUCAGAAUAGGACUGCUUUCUAAGUAUGUUUAACGUUCAUUAAAGUAUCUGGUUCAAAAUACGGAUCACAAUGAUUGAACUUUCCAUAAAAAGUUUUUGUCUCGUAAAUUGCAUGCUUAUGAUGCAGUUUAAUUGCAAACUUCAUGGUUCAAUAGGUUUCUAUAAGCAUAUAAGCAUAUUAUGAAGUUUGUCAUCUUGUCCUGUUGGACGGAAGUUGAGGGUAAGAUACGCAGCGUGCAGCAAAAGUCAUCGUCUUUCUAGACUGUGGCAGGUGACGUUCGGCGUUUUUAAGUAUCAUCUUUCAUUAUAUAUUAUUAAAAAGGUUAUUUUCAUAAUUCUAUUCAGCUUGACUCGCCUGCCUGCAGACUGCAGCAUAAGGGCUCCAAAAACCAUACAGUUGAGGAGUUCUUCAGCACACCUUUGUAUGCUGCCAACACGGAAACAUACACUAAGGGGUAGUAUCUACUCUCACGAUGAGGUCAAAUAAGUUUUUAAGCUGAUAGCUAACAGGUGUGAUAUUUUAGAUCACAAACCGGGAAACCAUUUUACUUGCCUUACUCAAACUGACGCUAGAAGAUCAUUUGUCUUGCAACCAUCUUAAACAGUAAGCGUACGUUUAUGGAAAUGUUUUGACUAUGAACUCGAAACACCUUUUAAACCACACUCUUAAGACAAAAUGCGGAAAUUCUAUGCUAUUCGAAUCCUCCUUCACAUAAGUGAUCCUAUAUCGUUAUUCACGAAUUCGAAAUUGAUCACGUCAAGGUUGAAAUGAGUUUGAUUAUACCUCAGGCAGUUAGAAUGACAAAAUAAGUGCUAGAGGUUAGCUCGUCGUCAGGGUAACUAGUUGUUUUCUUGCUGAUGGCCUCUCAUACCUCACUAAAGGUAGGAUAUGCUCGCUUAUGGCAGAGUGCGUCCACCGAGCAUAUGACUGUUGUUUGCAAUAUAUAACCUUCAAAUGUUGAUGUACACAAUAUAUGCAUUAAGUGCAAAUCUUGCAAAGUAUUCCUAAACUUAUUUUUGACGAAAAAUGGAAAGAUUUAAUAACCCAAAAUUCAAAAAAAUCUAUCUAAAAAGUCUUUUCAGUUGUUACAUUAUCAACAGAGAACACGGUCACUUGCGGCUUGGAGAGAAACAAGAAAACAAAGCAUAGGCAUAUGAGGUCAUUUCUACUCAGUUUUAUGACUUUUUUCUACCACUCCCGCUGCGUAAAAUUAAUUAGCCAGUUUAGACGGAAAAGUCUCAAUCUCUGCGAAUAAUAAUUCUUUGUUAUCGAUUGCUUUUUUUCAAAUUCAUGCAUAAUUGCGUAUCAUACUUGAACUGCGGUCUUCUAAAUGCUGAGAUUUAAAUCCAAAGGUUUCUUCUUGAAUUGUAAAAUCACGAAGCAUUAUUAUGAAUUCAUGUUACCAACUUCAUUAACUUUGCACGGAGUUCUAUUUAAAGUCGCCCUAUAUUUAUCAGAUUGCCAUAUUCCCACAAAAAGAAGUUUGCCAGCAUUUAACGUGGAACUGAAUUGAAAAUAUGAGGUUGAGGCUUUAAUUUACCCCAAAUGUCUGUCACGAGUUCUGUUAGAAGAAGCCGUAUACAGUCUUAUCUUUGUCUGAGAGUGAUCCAUUACUAGUUAAAAGUAGGAAUGAAUAGACAAAACCGAAAAACAAAUCUAAUAUUUGUUUGGCUGGCGUGAAAACAUUUUCAUUAAAUUACUGCUUUGGUUUAGGCGUCAAGCGAUGAAACGAGCGCAGGACACAAUGGCUUUUUACAAUGUUGGAUACAGGCUUAAUCGUCGAAAGAAAAUGUUUGAACAGAGAUGCCUUGUGACGGAUUUUUCGCUGUUAUUUGCCAUACUUGGAAUCAUUCUGAUGGUCAUUGAAACGGAACUAACAAUGGCGGGAGUUUAUACUAAGGUAUGAAUUUUUACUUCCUGGCUCGCAAAAAACGCAUAAUCUCCAGCAGUUUAUGGUUUAGCACUCCGUCUAAGGGCGGAAAUAUUUAGUCAUUUCAUUGCCGCUAAGUACAAUAGCAUCAAAAUUUAAUCAACAAACCCUGUUUGUCAAUAAACCAGUAAGUUCCACCAGGUUAUCGGACACACAGUUAAGUCGAUAACUCCACGCUUAAUACGAAGCUUUUGCAGACUGAUGCAUUCGCCGCAUAGUCUGGCUGCAUAGCCUGUUCUUGAAAUACGUUAUACUUCUUAGGGGAGAGAGUAAUCAGAUGAUACAAAAUGAACCUCAGAUACUGAAAGUACAUUUGUUGGACGAAUAGUAUGGCAGAACGAAUGUAGAUUCCCACAUAGGCCAUUUUUUAAGAACAGACGUGAUGUGUUCUCCUAUACCAACUAAACAGGGAAAUUAACCGUUCCCGAAACCAGCAACAAAUUGCCACAGUAGUAAGUGAAACUGAAAGCCAUAUGGAAUUAUACAAGAUACAACAAAUAACAGAACGUUUCUAAAUGAAAUACCGUUUGCAUGAGAAGGCCAUGCAGGCGAUAAUUCAGAAGAUAUCCUUGGUGUGCAUCGGCCCUCCUUAUGCAAGUCUCUACUGACGACCUUGUCCAGAUCGGUAAGAGCAAAGAGUUAUAAACACUUUCUAUAACUAUUAUACCUGGAACUUAUUCUUAAAAUAUGAUUCCAUCGGAGAUGUUGGACCUCUUUCAAAAAUGACACAGAGUCCACUUCAGAAUUUUUCCUCAACGCAUAACCAUACACGGAGUAAGCUUAACUUGAACGUUUUUCACGGUGAGAUUUAGUUCUGUAGUCCCCCUUGAUUGAUACCAUGCAGUUAUGUUCCAAAAAAUUUUUGUAAUUAUGAUUACAGUGACUUCACGUUCAUCACGGGUUUGCGUCUUCCUUGGUAUUUUAAUCCAACGAGUGACUAUGCCUCGUGAGGGAGUGCUUAUACGCCAUCCUCCGUUACAUCAUUAUCAGUUCACACGCGCUUCCUCUGUGCGUGCUUCAAGUCCUGUUUGCGCCCUCUUUAUUAUCUUAAUCCAGCGGGCGGUCAAAUAGGCUUGCUUAUGGCAUUGUUCGGACGGAGGGGUGCUCCGUUGGUUUCACGAUAUUGGUCAUGCAAUGUGAAUGAACAUCCGGUUUCCCUACGUGGCUUCCCCGUUGUGAUUGCGCCCUCACUAUCCUCUCAAUCCAGAGAGUGGCUGUGUCGCGAUUACACCAAGCAUCGACCCACGCACGCUUCUCAACACGUGCUUCGAGCUCCGCUUACGCGUUUUUACCCUUCCUAAUCCAGCGAGUGGUUGAGUUAGAUAUGUUAAUUAAGAUUGUUUUAGGAAUUGUUGUAGGUAUUAAUCAGGUGGGGCUGCAGGACCAAAUCUCGCCUUUUUCACAAAUCACUCACCAGUUUAAAAAGCUCUAAAAUGACUAUUUUUUCUAAGAAAGGGAAAACGGGAAGCAAUGCCCUGCCGCCUACCGUGUAACGGUCUUUCAUAAAUCAGAAAGGUGUGUCAGUAUGCUUUAAUAGCACGAAGGCUAGACAUUUCUAGUUGCAGGCUGCUGACUGAGACACAAAUUAAAGGUCUUUUCGGAGUGAAGUAGUCAGGGUUGAUGACGGCAAAUGAACGAGUGGUGGCUAUGCCAGCCUCCCUACUAGUUAGUUGCCCUCCUAUAAAAGUGUUUUGUGCUCAUAUGGAUUCUGGCAAGAUCCUUAUGGUGAAUUUCAGGUUAACAUGCGCUGGGUGCGCACUGCUUCUUAAUUGCAUCAGAUCGUUUUGUACCACAGUGGCAUUUCUAUGACAGUACCACCUGAACCUGCAGAAUAGUCCAAUUAGGACUUUUCAGGUAGGCCUCAUGUUACGCAACUGCUCAAAGCAUCGUGAUACGUCGCAAACGGCUCAAGCUCUGUACGUAAGCGUAAUCAACAGUUCGGUUGUCUUAUCGUAGGACUGGAAGUGCUUAUUCGAAAUUCAUUUUCUUUUCCUUUGCUAUGGGUUUUCACGCAAUCACUCCCGACAAGCCAGGACAGAAAGGAAUUGAACGACUAUCAUAGGGUGCGUGCAGUUCUCAUCACUUCGCGGCUUGUCGGUAGUAAAAUUGCUCUCAAAUAUUCCGCAACAAAUUGGGCUUUCAAAUACGUCCCGGACAUAAUUUGAUAUUGCGUCUGUUUGCACGUCACCACAACUGAAAUUUACAAAAAACGCGCGGUAUGGCCGGUCGUACAGCAUCUUCAAGACUGACAUAUAAAUGAAUCAGUUAAAUUUUUGUUCAAGCGCAUUCUCGUCUUCAAGGGGCAAUGCUAUGUAAGCUAAAAAUACCUUCUUCGUGCAUGGGUUUGUCUCAGAAGCUUUGCCAUGAGACUUAGAUGGUCAUAUUUUCUACCAAAGACAUGACGCCGCCAUUUAGAGAAUUCCCUUGUCAACAUCAGAAGACAAGGGUAAGGUCCCCCAGAGGCUUCUCACCUCCAGAUUCCCUUGCAACACACUAACAAAAUAGGCAAAGAAAACCCGCAAUUUGGACUGCUUUAUGUCCUUUAAGAAACAAACAAAAAACCUACAAAGCAACAUGUUCUGAAGGCCCACAAACAGAGCAAAUUCGAGAUUUCAAAAAAAAUUCCCAAGGCUGCAAAAGUGGAGCUGUCCGCCGGGUAAACGCCACGAGCGAAACCCGACUAGAUCUGUCGUAUGAAUGUUUUAUUCACGAAAAAACUCCACUCUGAAGGGUUCGUCAAUCAAUCAUUUCUGCCCAGACCGGGGACGGGGAAGAAGGGCCGCGUCGAAGUAAUGACACAUUUUACCCCACCCUAUAAAAAUACAUCACUGGAAGCCCAGUGAAUUGAAUCUGAUGUCGACGUAUGCAAUUACCAUCUACACGACACCAAAACCUGCCACAGGGUCGUACAGAAGUGUGACCAAAUGAGCUAAAGCGAGAAGUCACCCAUCAUCUGCCGUACCCGUUGUGGUACUCUGCAACUUAGACUAGGUAGGUAACAAAGUCGCAACAACAAUGCAGAAGCACAAGGCUAGAUGAGGCAUAAUGACCAGUUAGGCCAAAGAUGUUGACAGGGUAGAUAGGCAGAUAGUUACCUAGGUAUCGCAAGACUGUCACAUACCGCCGACCUUGGACCAGAUCUGUCUCUUCCACAUGUGCACUAGGUGGCAGACAGUCAUCUGCAGCAAAGAACUCCGCAGAACCAUGUCCAGGGACAAACGUUUGCUUAUAACUCGUUUGCUUUCCCAAUUGUUCACUGUCUGCUGAACAUGACCACGAUUUGGCAGGUCAGAAGCCUAUCCCCAUUCCUCCUGAGAUUGAACUGGAUCGCCAAGGAUGAGCCGUUUCCCAGACUGAUUAUUUCCUAAUCUUCCUUGGGUUUCGUAUUAAAACUAGAGGCGCCCCCUGGUUGCUGCAGGCUGCAAGUUACAGGCCAUUUUUACUGGAAUAUUGGGUGAUUCAUUGGAUUUUUUACUAACUUAUCGUAGACAGCUUCCCUAAUUACCGUAACCCACCUACUUUCUGCAGUUAGUAAGAAAACUGUGUAUUAGAAUUUUGUAGGGAAAACUCAUAUUUGGCAGUCGGUGUUAUCAUGCUGCUGCUUACUGCAUUUUAGUAUCAUGCGUACUCUUGAUCGCCAAUUGGGGAUUGAACCUAUAAGAAUAGAUGGUCUUGCGUUGUAUCAUGCUCAUUUCUGUCAUCUACUUUUAGGCCUCCAUGGGAUCUUUCAUCCUGAAGUCAAUGAUAACAUGCACGACCCUGGCACUUGUUGGUCUCAUAAUCGCCUACCACGUACAAGUGGUUCGGGUAGGUGCCUUUUAACAGUUAGGUUUAGUUCUGCCUUAAUUUGCAUGUUUAGCAAAAGUGUGUCCUAUUCACACCAAAUGUUGGUCAACCUCUCAGUUAGCUCAAAUUGCAUUAUCUCGCUACCUAAUCCCCUAAGCUCACAGUUUUGUCGGGCGACGCUCAUGCAUCUUGUCGUUAGGACGAAUAAAAAUGUAAAUGCUAAAAAUGAAGAGGAAUGGAAGAUAUCUGCGGAAGUCUGUGCAGACGAAAAUUCACCGUAGGACGUACUGACUGGGAAACAGAACGAGCUUUGACCUGGGUUUUUUAGAGUAAUUGUUAUGAAGAAGGAGACACGAUCGCCGGGACAAGAGCUUUAUUAGCCUGACGUUUCCGAUUCCUACUUGAAUCCAUCAUCAGAGACAAAAAAGCAGAAACGGGUGGUUGUUGCACAAGGGGCUGCGGUAUUUAUAGGAUGCAGGAGCCAUGCUACCGCAUACCUAUGAACAUUCACGGCUCCCCCUUCUGCUUUUUUGUCUCUGAUGAUGGAUCCGAGUAGGAAUCCGAAACGUCAGGCUAAUAAAGCUCUUGUCCCGGCGAUCGUGUCUCCUUCUUCAAGACUACUUCCUGGGACUCGUCUCUUCGCUCUAUUGGCAGUAAUUGUUAUUUUCAUAAUUUCUCUAUAGGAGCCUGUGAGACAGAGAUAAGAGCAGUAAACACUCGCUCAGAGCAGGUGCACUAAGAAUGCGUACUGGUUGCCAUUCUGAACUAUAGCGACAAACCUUUUCUCACCAUGAGGUUUUACCAGUCCCUGAGUUUUGUAUAUGUUCUCAUCGGUGAUGCGCUGCCCUGCAAAUGACCACAAGCAGCGAUGAAAACAGGGCUGGAGUGGUUAGCGUGUAAUAGAUGAUUUUUUAUUUUCCGCCUGUCGUUGCUAAAUGCCGCUCUUCAAUAUUUCGAAAUUAUGUCCUAGCAGCAAACGGUCAUUGUCUGCAACUGUCAUGGCUGCAAAUUAUGCCUAAGCAAUCUAUUUCCAUAUUUGGUUUACGCUACAAGAUAAAGUAAAUAGACCGUAUUACAAGUCUAAACCUGUAUUCGAUUGCGGCGUAGUGUGUACGGAUUUUCUUGUAAUAUUCUACUACUGAUAUCAAUUUUCGGGCAUCUCCGUCCUCACAGUAAACACAAGACCUUCGGUGAAUGAUGCACAUCGUCCAUCACAUUUUCGUAGUUUUAUUCUUGGCUUUAACAAUUCCACAAAAUUUGCGUUCUCUUUACGGAAUCUCUUGAUUCUAAGUGCUGCGCUCUAACUGGAUUCUUUUCAUCGGUAAGCGUUCGCAUAAAGCUUCAUCAUGAAUACUGUUUCAUUAGGUUUAUCAGAAUUUAGACCAGAGUACUGGCAUUGGGUCCUAGUAAACACGUCCUUUCGGCGAAAAUGUAGAACGUAUCCAGAAGAAGAUGCGAUCACUGGAACAAGAAGUUUAUUAGUUUGACGUUUCCGAUUCUCACUCGAACCCAUCAUCAGAGACGCCUGCAGAUAAAGGCAAAGAAUGCAGAAUUUAUAGUACAUAGCUGCUGUGGGGUCAUACGCAUGCUAUAAUUAUUAACUCUCGUUAUCACCGCUGGGAGUCGUAACUAAGGCGAUGAUGGCUCGUCAGUCCGCGUCCGAGUCGUUAAUUGCCACAAUUUCAUCAUCCGUUUUGGAUAUACGUGCGUGAGGACCGUCUCGGAAGCUGUCAGCCGCCUUCUCAUUCCACUUGGAGUCGGGAUUACGCACAGGCCGAAAGCAACCAUCAGGCGCCAAGUAUUGAGGCCGAAAGACCCGCUGCCAUGGCAGGAAACGUCUGGAGUCCUUCAGCGGAUCUGGUGCAGUUGCGGACAGAGCACCUACGUCAGAGGAACUGGAAGAUUCCUCCGGAUGCGCAUAAUUGAGCACGCAGCAGGGGUGAGGAGGAAAGACGCCAGCUCUAGGGUGGCAGCUCAUUCCACGGAACCCGGCCAUAUUUUCAAGCUUCAAGAAGCUGAAAUCUUCACAAGAGCUGACAACCCCGUUAGCCGCCAACUGCUCGAAUCAUGGUUCUCAGACCUGCAAUCCAUCGACAAGUGCAAUGACCUCCCGGUAUCUUAUUCAGUGCCGCGACGUUCCCUGAGCAGGGGAAUCAGUCACGUGGGAGGGUGCAGGCGCUCAACAGUCCUCCUGACAGCGAGACAAAGCGCCGAGUAAUCAUUACGUCAACAUCCACAACGGAUGAUGAAAUUGCAGCAAUUAACGACUUGGAUGCGGACUGACGAGCCAUCAUCGCCUUAAUUACGACUCCCAGCGGUGAUAACGAGAGCUACGUACUAUGAAUUCUGCAUUCUAUGCCUUUAUCUGCAAGAGUCCCUGAUGAUGGGUUCGAGUGAGAAUCGGGAACGUUAGACUAAUAAAAUUCUUGUUCCAGUGCUCGCAUCUUCUACUUUCGAACUGUUUCCUGGAACUCACUUUUUCGCCUCUACCAUUAGAGCAUAUUUUUAAAUCGCUAUUUAAUAUGAGGACUGCUGGGAUGUUCCCAGGUUAAAUCAGGCAGUUAACAUCGCAAGAGAUGCCAAGCUUGUACCUCCAUGAACACAAUUUUUAGGGCGUAGUUUAAGGGUUAUACUUAGAUACUUUCUUCUGGAGUUUUAUGGAAAUUCUUCUGUCCAUAACAGGUGAGCUUUCUCCAUAAAACUUCUGCUUUCUUAGUUCACUUUGAAACAAAUAUAAUGAUAUAUUUUGCAGGGCAUAUUGAAAUAUAUGUGCUAGGAAAUUUUGCAUGUUUGCGAACAUUGUUGAAAACAGCUACUUAUAUACUUCCAGUUUUGCCUACUUAUAACCAACGUUGAUUGGACGUGGUUCCUCUCUAAUCUCGCAAGUAUAUUUCCUCCUAAAUUAAUGCUAGAAGUGGUAGGCGACAUGUUCUAUCCGUUUUUAGGCAAGUAGGAAAACAACUGUGCAGAGUGCUUUUUGCGUCCUAUUACAAACCUUAAUCCAUAAGUGCAAACCUGAAAAGUAGACCUGACAGGAAGGCUUUUAUUGAAAUGGCCAACACAUGUUGCUGAUAAAAGGAAGCUACAGGGGCAGUUUGGCAGGGAGUCUGAUUUACGCACUGUUAGUUGUGCCAGCUGACAUGUCGGCAUGAGCGCUUGUCAUGGACGGAGUUACUACCCGCUGUGACAAGUCGUAAGCCAUCGUGUUGCUGGUGCUUACUAGCCUGUUUUCUCUUUCUGAGACGUUGAUGGUGAGCCUUACUACGGGCAAGUGACAGGCGUAGGAAUGUUGUGACAGGGAGCGCGCGACAUUCUUCCAUACGAAAACGCGUAAUCCUACGAAGAAGGCCUGGAAAAAUGGGGACACAGGCGUUCUGCCGGGUGGUUGAACGAGCAAGUUAUGACUGCAUGACAUAGGGGAUGACAACUACUUUCUAACUAAUAAGGCUGCAGUGAGUUUGCUCCGAUUCAGCGACUUAGCGAAAAGUGCACUAGACUGUGCUCUCAACGAUUCGUUACUGUAGGAUGGCGACAGCUAAUGCGCCUACUGAGUCACUCGGCAAGCAGUGUUGCGUCCAAAUGCUGAUGAGGUGUUGUCGACAGCCACCAUGGCCAUGUCUGGCGCCCUUACUGAGGGACCCCCGUUGUGUCAGGGCUAUUCACCUUCACAGUGAGCGGUCCCAGACGCACUGACCUGCAGACACUCGACCGAUUUCAACACGGACGCACAUGCAUCUACGGGGUUGCAGCUGCCCAUAGGCCACUUGAACACACUACCCUCCCCCUCCCCCGCUGCGAAUGCAAUACAAGCUAUUUGUACACCACUAUUCGACAAACCAACACACACCAGCUAGACAACACUUCAGAUUUCCCCAGAAACCUACAAAAUCAGCUGCCAUCACUGUCUCAGAAACUCUCAGACAUGACUGGGUGCAGUCAACAACAGGCCUAGUUUCGCCACUGACCACUGUCGCCUGGGUGGACAACUUACUGCCUUGCACACAAUAGACCCCUCAGUCUGUUGACUUCUGUCUUUUCCUACAACACGGACUUUGGUCUGGUAAUUUUAGAACUCUGAGUACAAAUUCUCAACGCUUAGCUGUUAAGGUGGCAGCAACUUCAAGUAAAUCACUGCCGCUUACAAUUUUAGAUGGUUUCGCGAACAUAAAAUAUCGUUGACCGUAUCCUAAGGAGGUUGGUUAAGUGGUCGAUGCUGUGUUCCUGUUUGCUGGCUAUUUUGCGGAUAGCGCCGUUGUGUACUUUUUGCUCCGCAUUAAUCGCCGAAACCUGUGGAUGGUUGCCGACAAGGAAUACUCCACGAUAUCAGUUUAGAACUUAGGAAAUUAGUGCAGUCAGCAUCACAUACGCGAAGUCUAGGCAGCAAACAACUUAAUUAAUAGACUGGUAGAAGAGGUGGAUAAAAUUUCGAAGAUUGAAAGGGACUGGGCGAUCGUCAGUAGGCUAAACGGUGCUGUAACAGCUUUUAUUUCUGUUAAUCGGGUUGGCCGCUACUUGUUUGUGAACUCUGACAGGAGGGAGUUUGGACUGGCUGAUAUGCCUGUGGAAAGUGGCAAAAAUCUCUGGGACCAGUUCCUAAAUAUAAUGAUGUUUAGGAUCUGAUAACAGAUGCAUGACGAUGAAUAGCCUAUAGUAUCCCAAAACAAGUACUUAAAGAUAUGAACAGCCAAUGACGGAGUGUCUGGCAGUGACAACUUCAAACAUAGUUCUGAACUUUAUUGUAGCAGCUCAAUGACUAUAGGCCGCAAGAGGCUGAGGGCUGACCCGAACGUGUUGUCAUUGUUAGUACAUGCGGUGAGUUCGAGUCUGUUUGAUAUCGCGACCAAGUUAGAGUGGAAUGACUAACAGAGGAUCUAAUAUAACUUUUUGACAAACACGACUCUAGUCUUUUAACUGCCAACACAAUCGCCUGCAGACUGGGAUGAACUUCAUUGAGGUUGCGCAGUUCGGGUUUGAGAACAUGAGGAAAAACAGAAGAAAGGUUUCAGUUAUCAACUCGAAAAACCCGACAGCCGCAUAGAAUUUAUCCAGCACUACUCUCAAAUCGGAUUCAAUGCGGUGCAUAAGGUAACGCAAGUGUCAACUGGAAGUAACAGCUUGCCAGUAUCUUUUCCGUUUUUAAAUACGAUCGCAUAAACACUUAACAAAACCCCAAAGUCAGACAAAGGCCAGUUUACUUUUCCGAAAUGAGACGCUGAUGCAGGACACCAUACGAUGCUCCACACCCAGCAGACUUCGAAAAGUCACUUCUUCCAUUCCAUACUCCAAGAAAGUCGCCACAGAGGCUCUUUAGUCUGUGAUUCAAAGUAACGACCUCUGUGGCAGAGAUCGCUGGGGCUUCAAUAGGACCAGGCACUUAGUUGCUCGCUACUUUCUAGGACGCCCACAAUUCCUAUUUAUUAAACGCUGACGCAAAUUACGGGUCUAAGAAGCCGACAGGGAGUGGGUCGGGGUUGUCGUUUUGUGCGUCAUGGAAACGAACAUACUCCAUCUACAGCGGCCAGUCGGUAAGCAGUCAACCAUCGAGCAUCGUCAGUGCAUGCCACGGGAGGAAACAGCAUGCGUAACGCAGUUGAGUGGCUACGGAAUUACAAACGUUUUGAUGCCUUGCCGACUGACUGCUAACUGGUGACAUCCUAUUCUGAAAUAAGUGCUUCAGGAUGUUCCACAAUCUGGACGCAGACCUAAUAGAUUUAGCCUUAUCACCAAACGCGCACGACAGGGAAAGAGACCAUGUGUGCAGUCUAGUACAGUCACUAGAACUAUUAUCAGACCAUCGACGAAGAAAAUAUUGUUUAACAGCCCCAGAACCGAAAGGGGAAUGAUACAAAAGUAAUUUUGCCGGAGUCUACAGUGGGCAAUUAUGUCUAUAUAUAUGAGUCAUUUUUUCGAAUAUGGAGACCCUGAUGGUGGAUUGUGUUUACGUGGUGUCUCUGUCUGUCAGUUAAUGGUCAAAUGGAAUGGUUUCUGUCCAUGCGCGGAAAAUGACCUGAAUGGGCGGACAUUGCGAUCCAUCCAUCUACCAGACGGUGAUAAAGGAGUCGUGCAGGGAAUGCCCGAGAGGCGAGGUGUCAAUGCUGACUGGGGGCAUGCCAUAGUACAUCUUCCAAUAUGGCGAAGCUUCUUUAUCAGAGUAUGCAUUUUCGAACCGCCGAAGGGAAGGCCUAUCCCAAAUCACUACCUUGGUCACCUGAAUUCUUGAAUCUCUUUUUUAAUGAAUGUUCUGGGGAUUGGUUAGGUUGCAGUUUUGCAGGCCAUUCCAUAUUCCACUUUAUAAGCCUCACAACUACUCGGUAGGAAGGCAUUAAUGUGCUUUUCAUUUUACUCACUAAAAUUACCUAGUAAAGGUGUAAUGACCUUGAUAAAUAUGUACUACUAAGAUGAGAACAGGGGCAGUGACUAUCUGCAAAUAAUUAAUAACACCUUUUUUGAAAGUCUCGGGCGGUCAGUUUUAUUUACUCCCCGAUCUCUGUCAAUGCGGUGGGCUUUAUUUUAUGUGAUGGAUUGGUUUACUUUCAAUGAAAACUAGCAGAUAAGCGUUUAACAUAUUCCUGCUUAUUGCAACAAGUAAAAGGUACCCGUCUGUGCUUUUCUGCAUAUUUACUUGAAGUAAUUUUGAAAAGUCUAUUAUAAACAGUGCUACUUAGCAGAUUAGUUUUAGCAAUGUUUUUUCCUUAACCCUCGGCUAGAAGCAGGCUUACCAAAAAUGUAACUGGCUCUCGUAAUCUUUUGUACCGCUUUACGUUUCAGUUCAGCGAAUAUUCUCAUGUUACAAUUGAAAAGUCAAAUUGGCGAACACGUGUUUUCAGUAACUCUUCAUCAGGCCAAAACGGUUACAAUGAAGUUUAAGUUAUGCGAAUUACAUGACUUAUAAAUGAUUCGGGGACAAUUAACAUCGAUCGUUCCCACACCACUCGCAUGACGAGGCGUGCUAUGGCGUGGUCGGCGUGUCGUGGUCAUUGGGUUCAGGGGGCGAGGAAGAGGGGGGGCAUACGCUGUGAGUACGUCGGGUACCUUGUGCACACACCCUGGCAUCAGGAGGUUGGGGAGACGUUGGUGUCGGCGUCGGCCACGGAAGACAGAGCGCCUGUGUCAGAGUCUUCUGACAGCAUAGCACUGGAUUGGCUAGCCGUAUAGCCACUGCCUCAGCUGUAGCUAGCACCCGUUGGCGUAGGCCUUUGGAGAAGCCUGCUGGUGUCCGGUAGACAAUCUGAAAGGCUUCUUUGGCAUCGACUCGGUGAUUCGUAUCGACAAGAUGUGCAAGAAUAGAACUCAAGAUCGAUUUCUUCUCACCUUUGCCUAGCCAGGCCGGUAUGUGUUCACGUACUCUCUUUUCCAAGCGUAGGAGGGGAGAGUUAGUGAAACACACACGUAAGUUCGCCGCGGGGAAAGCGUUAGUGAUCGCUGUCUUCAGACGUCUUUUUACUAGUUCACUCGCUGCGUCCCCUUGAAAAGGCAAUCUUAUAAAUAAGUCCUUCUUUUCUGCAGUUGCCAUGGUAGGCUUUGCAGUGCGCUCCCCUAUAUUUCGAAGGAUAAAUCUUUCUGGGUAUCCAUUUGCGUGGAGUGUAUCCCGCAGCUGCUGGAGUUAUGCAUCCACAGUCUCAGGAGAGCAGAUACGUCGCACUCUAGCUGCCAAUCCCUGGACCAAGUUGCGUUUAAUAUUAAGGGGAACAAAACUGUGAAAGUUAGUGUAUUGUCCCGUCCAGGUUUUCUUUCGGAAUACGCUACGUUGGAUAGAGUGGCUAUACGGCUAGCCAAUCCAGUGCUAUGCUGUCAGAAGACUCUGACACAGGCGCUCUGUCUUCCGUGGCCGACGCCGACACCAACGUCUCCCCAACCUCCUGAUGCCAGGGUGUGUGCACAAGGUACCCGACGUACUCACAGCGUAUGCCCCCCCUCUUCCUCGCCCCCUGAACCCAAUGACCACGACACGCCGACCACGCCAUAGCACGCCUCGUCAUGCGAGUGGUGUGGGAACGAUCGAUGUUAAUUGUCCCCGAAUCAUUUAUAAGUCAUGUAAUUCGCAUAACUUAAACUUCAUUGUAACCGUUUUGGCCUGAUGAAGAGUUACUGAAAACACGUGUUCGCCAAUUUGACUUUACGUUUCAAUUGCUCAUCGGAAUGUGACAAUUUUUAAUGCCUCUGUCUCCAUUCUAGAGGGCACUGAAUAUUUACGCAUAAAAUGUAACAGAUAUUCAAAUUGGGCAGUGAGUAAUCCGAGUAGUAAACUAUGCAUUUAAUAUGAUCUCAUCCCGAAUGAAAAAAUACCUCCUUGUAUUAACAAGAAAAAAAUUAAAUUAUCACUACGACCCUCCGCUUGUUUUUAUCAUUUACGAUAGCAGGAAAAUCUGUCACCAGUACAUAACUUCCUGAAUAAGAACUCGGAGAAUCUAACGAAUUUACUUUUAUUCGGAUGAAUCCGAUUAUAUUAGACAUUGCUAACCAAUGAACGUGCAGUGCUGAUGCUCUCCGUCAACAACAGGGUCUAGUCGAACUGCAUUUAUCAUUAAUGUAUGGAUUUAAUGCUUUUAGAGUCAUGCUACUAAAAUCUACGUCGAUGUCCCACUUUAUACCGGUUGUUCUAUCCCCAGGAUUAGUAAAAGUGUAAACUUUACACGAAGACUUUUGUGCAAAUAUAGAGGUCUUUGUCUCAACGGUAAUCUGAGUAAAAGCAUAAUGCCAUGAUUUGCUGCCGUGCUAUCAUUAGCCCUGAACUAAAAAAUGUGAGUGAUAAAAAUUUUCAUAAUUUACGUGGUGACAAAACAUUUGUAAACGGCAAGUGAGCGCAAAGAGCGUAUGAAUGGUCUCAUCCCCUACACCGAUCAAUGAACCGAUACUAUUUAUAAUGUCAAAAAUUAAUGUCAGCUAGGAUUUUCGGUGUCUUGUCGGGGAUUAAAAUGAAGCGCCGUUCAGAGGCAGACAGGAAUUGAAAGCAGUCAGGCUCUGGUUUGUGCGGCCUCGGCGGUUGUGCCGCAAUCAUCAAAGACUUUCAACCUGUUUUCAAACAGAAUUGAGUUUGGUCAGUCUCUGAUAAUGCUCCUUAAAAGAAAAGCAGAUUAGGCGCAGAAUGGAAUUAUAUUUUUUGAAAAUUUUCCCAGUAGUAAUGGAACAAAUCAUACAAUCAUGAUGGCAUACUAAUAAGUUCUCACAACAGGCCGUUCAGGGUAUGAAUCACAAAUGCAUAUAAGUAGUUCGUGACUAACACUGCGUCAGUCUUCUGGCAUAUCGGAUCCUUAGAAUUCUAGAAGGUUAAAAUAAAGCAAACGAGCCUUCAUUAUUUACGACCAGAAAAGCCGACUUGACUACAAUCGCCCUGAAAAGUAAUGCCCAUUAAAAACAUUACAAAAGCUGGACCGAAAGCCUCUUGUGAUGCAUUCCCUGCGUUCAUCGUGCAAAUAAAGGUAACGGGGAGACUAUAAUUAAGUCUUCUUAUUUAAAUGCAUCAUACGUUUGACAGUGUUUUAAAACAAACACUAGCAAACUUUCGGUAACUAGAAAGUGGAGGGCUAUGGUUACGAUGAUAUAAAAAUUACGGGUUCGGAUUCCUGAACGUUUUAGCCUUAAAUACAGAGACCUGUCUGAAUUAUCAACUUAAACGAGAUUUUUCCAGCCAUCAAUAUACCUCCUGCAAAAUAAGUCGGUUAUACUAAAUAUCAAAUUUUUGCUGAGAGUUCCAGCUUUGGUGGCUCCGAACGGAUGUUAUAGAUAAUUUUUCUUCUACACCUAGAUACUCUCUUUUGACGACAGCAUUGAGGACUGGCGGAUUGCCUGGGACAGAAGACGAGUUCUUAGAUUGGCUGUGGAAAUUCUGAUUUGUGCUGUGCACCCCUUUCCUGGAGACUUUAAAUUCAGCUGGUUUUCAACAUAUCAUUUCCAUACCAAUGCCAUACUGUCUCCUUGUUCGCAAUGUCAGAAUGGCUCGAUUGUGAGUCAGAGCGGAAUGAAAGAAAUUCGCCCGCCGCUUCAGGGCUCGGUCGAUUUCGCUACUUUCGGAACUAGUGCUCCCCUCUCCGCAAACUCCGGUACAUAUGUCGUCUUCCCCACAACUCGGGUUGUCCCCGUAGACAUCUUUCUCUCUCUCCCCAUGUUUCUGCGUUUGUACCUAGUAUUCAGAGUGGUUGUCCUACAUUCUAAACUAUUUACUGAUACUGGCUCCAGAAGCAUCGGAGCAAUGAACAAGGUCAGCAUUGAUACGUCCUUCAUCUUCAAAACAUUUAUGACCAUCAGUCCUGGCACAAUACUUGUGGGAUUCAUCCUUGGUUUUUGGCUGGUGCUGUCCUGGACACUUCGUGUUUGUGAAAGGUAAUCUUGAUCAAUUUUCUCAUACUUCCCACCUAAGCUUUAGACAUUUCACCGCUGUUCUGGUGCUAAGCAUGCGCUAGACGGAGUCAGUGGGACCAUUUAAAACAGCCUCGAAGUUGCAUGGACUGUUCCCUUAGCCAGAACUAAGUCCACAUGUCCUUUAACAUAGACCUUAUUUGAUUUAGUAACCAGGAUUCCCAGCUGUCUGUGUUAGUGGUAGGGGGACGCUCACCGAUCGCGAUACGGAACUCACUCGUCCCGUUGUGCCUUGGGGUUCUCUCUUAGGCUCCGCCAGCAGCCGCAUGGCAGAGCGCAUUUGUUUUAGUUGCCUAAUUUAUGUACGCAUCUAACAGAUGUGUGCCAGUCCAAAAUUCUAACAAAAAAACGACUCUGAUGGUAUUCUCACAUCAAUAUUUCCAUUUGUCUUGAAUUACUUUUUAACUGCAGUUAUUUGUUUUUGCUCACGGAAAGUUUAUAAUGACAGUACAUGCAAGUGUUAUUAUAUGACUAAGGGGAAUCUGACAUCUUGUACUGAUAAAAGUUGAUUUCAGCUGGAAAUUUAUUUGGCGAGAUAUAUUUGAAAAUGUCGCAGAAUUAUUUGCCGGAAAACCGUACCUACUGGUAAUUGCAGUGUCCAAGAUUUAGGUAUAUGUGUGAAUGUUCAGCUCACCGUUUUUAUCAUAUCAUCUUCAAGAUGGGUGAAGUUCUUUGCUCUACAUAAUAGGAUGUGCUUCUUAAACUCGAAAACGCCGUUCAGCUUCUAAGAUCUUUGCAGCUUGCUUCCUAAACCUACUUGGGAAUAAUUUAUCAAAAAUGACUUUUUAACUGAAACAAAUCCCUGUAAACAAAAUAGCUUCCCUAUGGGCUGUCAGCAAAAGAUUAGUUGGGAGAAGGCGUGAUUCGAGAACUCAAUCUCCAAAGCGUUCUUCUUUUGGGAGGCAAAAAAAAUCGAACAAACCGUUUUGUCCAGUAGCGGGCUUACCAAGUAAGUAAAAAAAAUGCAGGUUUAUUGUUGAAUGCAAGGCAACGCAAAUCCCGUUGACUCCCUCACGGAUUAAGAACGGUCUUCGUUGUUGUUUAGGGAGAGCAACUUGACACUCAACAUUGUAUGUCUUAUGAAGUCACACUGAUUGCCAGCACGACCUUUUGGGCGUUAGACGGUCAACUAGACGCGUUUACGGAACAUGCGACGGCUACCAUGGCAAACGUGAAAAAAAUUACUUAGUAUUUAGCACUAACAGGACAUUCAGAGCAAUCCGUUUUCUUUCAGUAUCUGUUAGGUUGAGUGUAGGUGGUCACGAAGUUCUGAUUUGAGGGCAGGUCGACGAUGGGCGUGGCCUCGCAAUUAAAAACACAGUCUGUAUCAGGCAUGUAGUUAGGUACCUUUACAAGAGCUCGGGCUCAUAUUCUGGCAAAAACAGUACUGUGGAGUAGUUCAAAACAUAUAUAGGUGAAGUCCGACCAGACUACGUGAAAAUUCCACUGGCGGACCCGUCCCAAAAGACGGACGUCUGAUGGCGGAUUUAUUGUGUGGAGAGACACUUCUACGGGGAAACCGUAAAUGAUGAUACUUUUGAAUAACUGUUAAAUUGCAUGGCUUAAACCGACGACCCAUGAAGAACGUUCAUUCGUUAUGCUCUGCAAAGUACGAAUGCCCACGGCUUGUUCAUGUAUAAGGAAAUCUGAAGUUUAAUGGCUUUUUCUCCAAAAUCAGUCGUAUUUACUGUUGUCGUGCAGAUUGCUCUAACUUCGACAGAAGUCAGAAUUUGUAAACCUACAAACUAACUACUCAUCAAGUGACUUUAAGUUCACAUCACUGAGCAUAGAGACGCGACUGUUUAAUCUUCGAAAUACUUGACGCAAAACGGAUCAGCCCUGAUCCGUACAAACAGUUCUGUAGCACAAAAAAACUAUGAACAUGAGGAAGUAACGGAGUCAUAUAAAAUGUUACUCAGAACGGAGAUGGACUAACGAUCCCUACAUUGAAUGUAGGUUGGUUUUUUGGAGUCCGAAACUGCCGGGGUAUGCGUUCCAUCUCUGCAGACAAGUCCCUAUUCAGUAUGUCGCUGUUUUGCCGAAAGUAUAGCGGAAGCAGUUUGGACAAUCAAAGUUAAUAGUCAGGUAUGCGCUUAGAAUAUUAUCGAGUUUUUUUCUUAAUACGAAAACAUUCCGAACAGACAAGGAAAAUAGAAAACUAACAGGUAGCAUGACAGCAGUGUAGUUCAGGAGUUUGAAAACCUAACAUGAAUGCCGCGUUUCGGUUUCGCAAUGUAUCAGAGUCUCUUUAAUCCUAUUAUUUUUCCAUUUUAAGAGCGUAUGCAUUUAUUGGGCAAUUUAUGCUAUUAAGACUAAAUUUCGAGUUCCAGGUGUAUGCAUAAGUGAAGAAGAAGAGUCGAGCACCGGAACACUUUGUUUAUUGUCCUGAGCUUUCAGACUCGUACAGGAGUAGUACAUCGCAUUCAGUGUCAAAAUUGUUCUUGUAACUAGACAGAGCAGACUGGGCGCAUGUUCGGAUCGCGCAUACACGAACAUAAGCUGGCUGUUAGACGAUGCGACUCAUUAUCACAAAUAGCAGCUCACAACUACGAAAUGGGUACGAGUUUAACUUCGCAACCGCCAAAAUAUUCGCCCACGCCGGAAACAAAACAGGCUGAGAAUUGAUUGAAGCCUGGGCCUCGGAUGAGAACUCGGUCAAUCGAUUUAUCGAUCAAGCGCCGGCGUACAGAGCCCUGCCCAGUCACCUCCAGUCUUGCGCCGUCGGUCGAGGAUUGGCCUACAUGCCCUUUAACUAUCGCUUGUUCUGCUGCUACUACUACCUCUGACGAUGGACUCCUGUACGAGUCUGAAAGCUCAGGACAAUAAACAAAAUCUUCCGGUGCUCGAUUCUUCUUAUUCACCAUUUCUUGCUAUGCCAUGCGUCUAGCAGAUUAACAUACACAUGCGUCUGUCUUCGGCAAUACCGGGAAAACAUUAUGAAGACCGAAAAUAGGCUUGGGACACUAGUCACUAAGGUAAUUUUUAUUUUAUGGACAGUCGGCACCAAUGGACACUAGCAGGAUCGGUGACUGAACUGCACCCUAAGACAUGCGCCUGCUGAAUGUGCUAGUUUCCUAUUUUACAGCUGGUACUUUUCUAGUUUUUCGAUCGGGAAGGCCUUGCGAACUAGGGCAAUUAACUUUGUAUUUGACGGCACGUUGCGCAACAUCAUUAAAAGUCCACCAAGCAUAAUUUCUGUACUGUGUCUGGAGGGUGUGUGUAGAAGACUCGAUCUGAAUAGACGAAUCACAAGCCCUUUGAAAGUCCGUUUGCCUGUCUCGCAUGCUCGACCCAGGGAAAAUGUCCAACUAUUUGAUUAUUACCGUAACUCAUAAUUCGUGUACUAAUGCUGCGUAUAUUCAGACGAAAUGAGUAAAUCAUUUUUUCAGGAUAACUUCCUGGCAAAUUAAAUACCUAAAAUCUCAUUAUGACAGCUAAUGACCUCGGAAGGAGAAAAGAAGACAGCAGUCCUUCAUGUGUUUCUUUACGAGAUUUCGGAUUUGACCCUAGAAGGCCUACAGACUAAUAUGUAUCAAAAAUUCCCUGCGUUGCCAAGUCAAUUUGUUCUAUUGAUCGAUGGGAUGCAAGACAUUUGCAAAUCUGCUCUGCCUGGACUGCCAUAAACGUUGACAGUUCGUUACAAUCAUAAGGACGACAGCUUACAGGUGGACAACGAAAAUGAUUGCUUCCGUGCAAAUAUAAUAGGAAAUAUAUGACAUAGAUAAGUUUGAAAUAGGACGUUUUUCCAGUGCGCUUGGGAUAGAUUUCAAACAAUAAAAGCUCACGACAUGUUUCGAGACAUCAGUUCAGAUGCAAAAGUGUAGGAAGCAUUGCGAAAAUCGAGGCCUUGACAGGCCGGCAAAAAUCGAACGUUUAUGAAAAUCGCCCGCGGCAUUUCCAUGUGGACGUUUGUGACCCCAACUUUAAACUGUGAAGAUUUCUUCCGUUUUAUAUAAUACUUGUUAUUGAGUGUUUUCAAGAUUAUAAAAUAAAGAAGCAUUCUUCUGUCAUUCUGCAUUUGUGCAUUUAUAAUUGUGUCCAUGAAUUCACGGCUGCGGGUGGCACAACGUCCAAACUCAAUACGUGUACUACGAUGUCACCUAAACUUAAAACAGAAGUUGCUUCUGAUUGCAGGCAAAAUUUUCAUUACAUCUUUUCGAUGACUUUAGUGGUAUUUACGACCCGGCGCUGGGGACAAUUUUCAAUGCAAUGUGGCUGAUAGCCGUUACCUUUUUAAGUAUCGGCUAUGGUGACGUUGUUGCUAAUACCUACUGCGGCCGGUCAAUAUCCAUCAUUACUGGAGUACUGGUAAGCGGACGAAAAGUUUGGAUACAGUCUUUGUCCAAUCCUAUAAAACGAACUUUAAGAAAAAAUAAAUUGACCUUUUCUGAAAACAUUCCACCCAAGUCUCUCUGGGGUGUAUUUGCCAUUGUAUCAUUGAGGUAAUUGCUGAGACCCUAAAUAACCUUAGUUGUGCAGUAAUCAGAGAAGAAGAAGGAACGGUUUGGACUAAUCUCUGUUAUAUAGAAAAUAAUAUGAAAAACGUCCUGGUGCUGCUCACCAUGAAUUGUCCUCGUUCUGCGAUGCGACAUUUUUUUCAUGGACUUAGGGCCUGUUUAACAGAAACAUCGUUUUGUUUACUGAGGAUCGCACGUCUUGUAAAGCUUUCGCCCAACGUUAUGCGUUAGCUCACAUUACACGUUAGCCUAACGAGCCAAUAUCAUGCUUUUGUUUUGUCAGUGACAAUAAAACUGCCAUUGUUGAUAGAGAAAUGUCGGCAGUUUGUAGCUAUGAAUGAGAUAUUAUGCCGCUUUUCUGAAUUUUCAUCAUCCAUCGUUAGAAGGAUUUUUAAAAUUCCCUUCUUCUUUGACCACCUCAUAAUGGUUUGCACUUUCCGUACUUUCCUACACUACAGAUUUACCUGCGUAAAUCGCUCGAUUGCCUCAUUAUUAUUUUCAAUGCCUGCGCUUGUUAAAAUGUGCCUUGUAUAUUUUAUGAGUCAGGCAUUUUAACUGAACAAUUAACAGAAGCUUGUACUCAGCAAGAUAAAAGGAAGCGACUACUUGCUUGCACUUUGUUCGCAGAUGCCGUGCAGAGCUUGAGCAGGGAAAUUCCGGCGUCUGAUGCAGUUAAUCCAGGGGCUGCUGGAGGGCGAGUUGAUUUGUUUAGGUGAAAGGUCUAACUAAGAAAAACGUGCUCUUUCACAGCGGCGAGGAAACACUGUCUAGAUAUAUAUUUUCUAGUUUUUUCAACCUGCUGCACGGUGUCGCCUUGGUUUUCUUGUUUUUGUUCGUAGCAUUGUUUCAUCUUUGUUUUCCGACCUUGUUUAAAAUAAGCAGUUGGGGGGGGGGCUCUGAUUCAAACUUCCCGCCGAUAAUAACUCAGACCGAAAGUGUUUCGAUAUCGCCGUCAAAUGCUGAUGCUUAAUACAAGCAAGCAGUUAUGUCUAGUAUUUUUGUAGUUAUAGAUCUACAGUUUUGCAAAUGAUCCUCUUUAUAGUGUGCCUGCAAAAGAGGCGAAAUUUUUUGCAUAACUGGCUUUUUAUCCUUCAGCACGCCUAUUUAAACCUACACGACAUCACAAACAUUAAUGUUUAUGAUCAUUUCCGACUAGCGAACCGGGGCUUUAUGCAACCGUUUUUUACGCAGUUCUGCAUUUUCAAAAAAAAACGUAAAGUUUACUGAGCUUGUAUUGAUAACAUUCUUUUAUUUUACUGAUCCACUGAGUCUCCAACUAGCUCGUUUAUAUGCGAUAAACCUGCUCCAUCAUAGUAGAUAUACAUGCAUGCUUCCGCAGACCUCAACUGUGCCACAGUAUAAGAAUUUCAUCGUAGGCAGAUAAAAACCUUUCGAACUGCCGUAUAAGUUUUGUUCCAAAACGGCACUAAACAGAAACAUAAGAAAAACGAAUAUCCUCUACCUUGACUGCGAGACGGAGAGUGGCAUAGCAUUUCUUUAUCUCUCUAGACCUGACGGCUAACAGCCCACUUUUCCCACAAUUUAGCCGGGAACGCUUACUACGGUGCUCCUCUUUCGGCAAAAAUCAUCCCAUUGUUUAUCUGAUCACGAAGUCGACCAGUCACAUUGAGUAGUUCUAAAUAAGUAGAAACGUUUUGCUCAUGACAGCAAUUUGGAACGAUAUGUACUUUCACUUUAGCAUUGAUAAACAAUUUUAGCGAUAUUUAUCUCGCUAGUCUUACCUAUCACGGUCGAAAAUUGCAAAUUACAUUAAUGUUAAAUUAAACAAUUGACGGGAGACAUUUGUUUUCUUCAAGAACGUGGGAGCGUGGUCAGUAGGCUGACAACAGUACCUUUUGCGAAUUUACAGUCAACAACAUUCAAUUUAAAACUGACCAUGUUAUGCCUUUUCGUAUUUCAAUGUAUAGUUUUGUCCAUGUGUCAAGAGAUAAGGACAAAAUGUUGUCAGAAGUAAGUCGAAAUAUUAAGUUCACACAUCCUCUACGUCGGUCAAACUAAACGGGGCAAAAUCAAAAUAACUGCAAGAGUUGGUAUUUGUAUACAAUGAGUAUUCUGUUCAGUUAUUUUUGUUCAAGCCUUGCUCAGUGAGUAAAAGAAGCUCCUCAGCAUUAUGAGAUCCAUAGUCGGGAAGGUUUUCAGGUCUAGGUGUAUUGUAAAAUAUGCCCCCUCCUCCGGGCGAUGCAGUUUUUAUGUAAAUCAGGCAAGGUCGGCUACAUUAACAAAACCACUCGUUGCCAGCAUAAUCACCUUAUUUGAUGGCACACCUUGAUUAAACCAUUCAGAACUAACCGUUUUACCCUUUGAAAGCCCAAUUGUGCAAGGAAACUAUACCAGAACUGAUCUGACCCUGAAUAAGAUGAAAAUUCAAUGCCACAGGAGCCAGACAUCAACAGGGUAGACUGGCAGUAAACCUGUACUGUUUCGUUUCAAGAGCCGAAAGGCAGCUGUGCAAGUAUCCACCCUAAGGCUUCUUAACUAAUUCAGAAAAUAAAAUACCAACGGAGAGUUAUUUCCUCGAGGCAAAGUGUUUAGGAUUUAACCAAUAGCUGGUAUGAAUAUUUAGGUUGGAAGCUACAAAAUUCCACGGAAACAAUGACGUAAUAUUCACGGGCGGGCAACGGGCGGUUAGUGGCAUGUAAAUGUCAGGUUACAGCGCAAAAUAUUCCAGCUAUUGCCCUUGCCGCCAGUUCGAUUACUCCUUCACACGCCAAGCCAAUAAUGGAACCAAUUGAUUGGGCCAGGUGGCCACUAACAUCAGUUGCAUUGGAACUUUAGGUGCACUGAAGAACUUAUAUAAUUGCCUAAUGUAGUGUGAGCUGUAUCUCAGGAGUGAAGUCGGAAGAAAAGAGAUCAGACAAAAAAGUGCGUUCAAAUAAAGUCUAACUAUCGCGCUCGGAUAUAUUCUUAGAAGUUAAAGUUUGUUGACCGAAUUUUGAUUGUUGAGGGCCUGACAUGUACCUAGAACCUUUGCUCGAAAAUCGACUGCGUCAGCAUCUCAUUUUCCAACCUCCUACGUUCCAGAGCAUUUGACGGAACGUCUCAACAAUAGGCAUCUUCGCAAGUCUGCAAAAGAUUAGCUAUAUUCAUAUUUCGCGUUCGGAAACGACUAGAAGAACACAGCCUCGUAAAAUGGACAUCCUAGUGGUAUUCGAUGGACAUUUCUGGAGGCGGUCGGCAGUCCUCGCACCUUCUUACUGAAUUUGAUUCGAAAAUGGACACAAUCUACUGAAUGUCCAAUUGUUAUUGUAGAAGCGUAGCAAGAAUAACCUCGUAUUUAUCUGAACGCCAUUAGCCCGGCUUUGGUUGAAUCAAAUUAUCGGUAAAUUAUAUAGAAAAUUGUGACUACAAUACAAACAGCAGGCGUAAUCAAACGAAGGGCAAAUGCCGGGAGUACUGCGGCCAAGGUAUACGUGAGAAAGGGCAGAGUGCAUAUGUGAAGCGACGGAUUUAGGGUUAAUCUGCGGAAUCGUCCAUCUGUGAUGAAAAUUCAAAAAUGAAAUAAGUCUAUCCCAGCUGGUUACUUCUUCAAUUAAGAUGGCGGUUUCAAGUAGCACACUUGCAGUCGCGAACAUUUUGAGUGUAAAUAUAAGCUGUAAAGGCAGAGGAUCUGGCGUAAUUGCGCUCACAUUUUAUGUUCGACAUUUAGCCUCUCAUUUAGCCUCCAAAAUUUAGCUAGCAUUCCAUCUUUGGCAAAAUGACACUUCGCAUUUUGAGCAUGAUAUUCCUUUGUCGUGUCAGCUAGAGACUGCAUAAAUCAGAGAACGAUAAUUGGUCUGGUCUGUCGUAUGCCAACCACCAACUUGUUAAUAAACUGGUACUCGGGGCCAAUAAAAUCAAGGAUCUUCGUCUUAUCCCUUCUGUGGUCAUUUAAUGUGAUCAACGGACCAGUACAAUAUUUUUCACCCAGUCAGUUGAUGCUUGUCCGCAGGACAGAAAAAACCUAAAAUCAUACAGCACAGAACUCUAAAAUACUGUUGCAAACGGAAAAGCUAAUGGUAUGUCCUGCCUUCUAGAUGAAGCCGUUAGAGAGAGCAGUGUAAAGCGCCUGAGUAAAAGCUGCCACAGAAACUCCUAGAUGUUAAUCUAUCCUGCCGUUGUUGUCACAUUCAAGGAAACGCAUAUGUUUCACUCUGCGUACGACAAGUUGCAGUUUGUUAACUUUUCUUAGGAAUGCCACAGAGUGACAUGUUGAAUUGCACUGACGCCGGCAAUGCCACCAAUUUGGGCAGUACCGACAAAUGCAGGUGCAGGCAAAGGGCUGUUUGAUCUACCCGAAAUUUUAUUGCCUAAGGUGUUGUGUACUUGAUUGACGAGUCAUUUCGAGUAGCAAAAGAAUUGCACAUUGCCUUUACGUGAGAUUCUUUGGUGGUGGUCAGAAUGCGGGUUGCAAGUUUCCCCGAUACCGGAUAUAAGUUGCUAGACUUAACAAUCUUGCAAUUAAGAACACCGCAUUCUGGCACACGCGCAUGUAUGUAUCUGACUGAAUUAGUUGAGGGAGCUGACCUUCUACACACAAAAAGCUGCUACAUGCUUUGAUUUGCCGUCUUCAAAAGAGUAAAGCAACUGAAGAUAUUCCUAGGGAAAGCUUUAAAAAUUUGAUGAAUUUGGUGCAGUUAACCUUUUCUCAAUAAAAAUUGCUUAUCACUUGUUGCCACCAAAAGACGGCUUCUUAGCACUUCGGAAAAUAUAAAGACGUCUCCCAAAUUUCAGUUAAAAGUACUUUUCUUCACUUUCUACGCUGAUGAGGCUAACGAUCACCAGUCUGUUUUGUUACUUAUUUAUGCUCAGGAAACAUAAAAUCUGGCUAAUGGACCGAAAAAUGCACUGCCGGCGAGGCAAAGUGGGUUUGCUGUUAAGUAAAACUUUAGUUCUGGGGAAAAUGGGGAAAAUUACUUGGUCAAAAGAAAAAGUCCAAUUUUGCCAAGUCUUGGCCUGUUUUCCAUCCAUAAAACAGAUCCGAAGUGUAUCCUUCCCUAUUAGAAAGCUUCCUAUGCCUCAUGUCAAUUUAGUAUCCAAAAGGAACCACAGGAAAUGUGUGUGGAACCAACCCCCCAAAUACCGAUCAGCACAUUUCACAACUUGGGUCACCUACUGUAAUUCAGAAAUGACCAAUCAUAAAAACGCUGACAGAGGUUUUUGGGUGCCGAAAAUUAUGUCCACAACUGACAAGUGUUAAUAUUUAGAACUAAGUCCUUCUACUCCAAGUGGUUCUUAAAACAAUCCUUCUCACGAACUCAAUUGCAGUCCUGGGAAAAGUGAAGGAAAUCCCAUCAAAACCAAUGAACUAAUUGUUCCGAAGUGUUUUGACAGAUUUCAAACAAUUCACUUUAACCCAAUGGUGAAAAACUCGGUGACUCAGUGGGAUUCGAACCCACGCAGCCAGGGGAAGCUUUAGUACAGACAACGCUCCAACCAUCUUGGCGGGUACAUUUGAUCCAAAUUUGAUUAAACUCGCGUCGUCCGACGGGUCCUCAUAGCUCAGAUGGUUCGAGCGUUGACUGUACUAAAGUCUCCUCAUGCUGUCUUGGGUUCGAAUCCCACCGAGGAAUCGCGUUUUUCACAGUUGGGUCAAAGUGAAUUAAUUGUUGUCAAAGACUGUCCAAAUAGGCUGCCAUUAAGCAUAUUCCAAAAAAUGUCUUAGCGACUAUUUUGUCACGUAAUAGGACGCCAGAGGGAAGAAUUAUAUGGGGUUUGAAGGCCGCUGGUAGAGAACCUAUGCGGUACCUUGCAUAGUAGUUACGUCUACUUGCAUUUUUAUAUCCCGAAAACCCGCAUUCCAGGUGUCGAUGCAGUCUUGCUGUCAAAACCCAUUUCCACCAGAAACCUUCAAUUAACAAGGUGGUUAAGUUGAAACUCGCAAGUCGAAAUCAUAAAAGUAGAAAAUACACGGCUUGUCAGCCUCACACUGGGGUUUCAUUUUAUGGGCACGCCCGAUUUUUUACGAAAGCAAACUCAACACGCUAAUUGUCUCAGGGUUAGUAAUGUAACGCGGAUUUGAAUCCAACACCUAAAACUUUUAAAAAAGUUUAGUGCUGGGCACUGAUGUCUAGUUGACAUUUUAAAGGUUGUACGCUUAAGGAAGCUCUGCACUCCAAUAAGAACAAUUGAGAAACACCAAACUUGAGAUUUCCAUUCGCUCAAUAAAUGCUCAAAAUGUGGUUUUUAAUAACACGAUUAUAAGGACCAAAUAUAACUUUCAGUGCACGGUUAGAAAGUUUUCAAACAUAUACACCUUUGUAGAUCAAGCUUUUACCGGGCGUCUGAACGGAUUAAACUUCAUUUUUUACAAUUCUACAGUUAUUUGUAUUUGUGACAGACAUUAAAUAUUAUUUCCCUCCAGUGUCAAGGACGGAUGAGUUAAUCUCCGUUAGAAUCAAAAAGUGACCACUUUUAAAGUCAGUUACACUUCUUUUUUCGUGUCAUAGCUAUAGAUUAGUUGCAAUACAAACUGGACACACUAACAAUUAAUGACGAAUUUUUUGUACUUUAAAACACCUAACACCCUAUAUGCCGCUACUAUCAAACACUUAGGUAGAUAAAAGUCUGCGUGCGCAGAUGCGGGUUGAGGGCUCAGGCAAACCCAACACGAUGGGUAAUAUAUUCGUUUUAUUUUCGCCAUGUAUUCCCUGGAGCUCUAUCUAUCACUUAUUUUUAACUUACCUUUUAGACGCUUUCAUAAAUUAAGGCCCAUUGUGAUUGUAAUUAAGAUACAUUGAGACGAGUUUAUGGGGAUUUUGUCUUGUCUCGUCGAAUUCCCAUGUUUUCUGUUUAGUAUUGUGAAAUUUUCACAUUUUAGGGGUCGCUUUGUACAGCUCUGGUUGUUGCUGUUUUCGCUCGGAGAUUGGAACUUUCGAAGGCAGAGAAACACGUCAUUCAGUUCAUGAUGGAAAAUCAACUGACGAAGAAGGUGAAGUACAUUUUGACGUUUCCUUUUCAACAUAAAAACCGUACUGUGAUUUUAUUUUGUCAAACAGCAAAUAGUGACGAGCAAAAAAGCUGAAUUACUCGACACGAAAAUAUGUGCACUGCCUAGUAAUAAAUUAGUUUUUAGGCUCGGUAAACGAAUUAGUCCUAAUGUCCCGUGAAACAGUUUUACCCAGUCAUUUCAACGAGGAGUUAAAUACCCCCAUUUGAAGUGUAUGCGUCCUUAAGAAUGUCUUGAGUCGGCCAUUUGUAUAUAAAAAAUUUAGAUCGUAGAUUUUGUCGAAAUCUGCCACUUUUGCUUGGUUUUUUGAAUGAUCAUUGAUAUCCUGCAGUCACCGAUUAAGUAUAACGUAAAAUAGAGCAGAGGAGUCGCAAUGCCUUUCUAAUUAGCAGUUUGCACACAUCAGCAUAUCUCCGCCUAUUAAACUAAAAAACAUGAAGCAUUCAAAAUAUCGGACAAAUUAUGCUUUAAAAGUAACUUAUCAAUUUCUAUUCUUAUCUCAAAGACAACAAACGCUAUUUAAACACGCAAAUAACGCGUAAGGUUGGCCAUCGAAAAUCAGCUCAACAAACUGAAACUACCUUGUUUAUUUGGUUGGUGCGUACAGUGCUCGCAUAUCUUUGUAAAAAGGAUUUUACGUAUUUGUCAACUUUCCUUAGCAGCUUGUUGUACUUAUCGGUCUGCACUGAUUCGAUCCAAAGUUAAAACGCCUUACUGAGUAUAAAUGAGAUCCUCAGGUAACCCGUAUCAUUUCUUUUAGCAGCAUAUGGUAAAAUACCAGCAACUUUUUGUUGUAAACAACAUAAAGUCAACUGAAACCAUAAUGCGAGGGUUUUUCAGAUUGAAGCUUGCUAAAUCUUGCCUCAAAUUUGAGGUUAUACUUACUGAGUUAUUAUGGAAGCACGCAAGCUCCUCUAGGUUUGUGUGAUUUACUUCCAAGCAAGAGCUAACACAGUAUGUAAACCGUAUGUGAGCACGGUUUCAGCAAAUAUCACUUUCUAACAUAAUGAACUCCUGAAAUCCCUGGGUAUUCUUAAAGCCCCAGCACAAAGCCAUCGCUGUCAUCGGCCUCCUAAUCUGGUCCGUUUUGCCAGACAGUAACUUAAUAAUUUUGCAAUGUGAGCUAGAGCAUUUUGUAAGUUUUCACUCUGACAACAUACUGUUAGCAUUUUAAACUAGAGAGAAUUACGUAAAGAUAGUAAAGGUCUUCAUCAACCGAAAGCAUAUUAAUCCUCUGGGUCAAAUUUUCAUAACAUAUCAUAAGUUAAAAGAAGCAUGUUUUUAAGAAUGCCAGUAAUAAUUACGUUCGACCAUAAACCACUGAUAGGAUUACCUAGAUAUCAAUAAAGACAAAAAUUAGAUUGAUUUGCACUGUGCGUUUAAAUGUAUGUUUUUUCUUUUUAAUCGAAUUUUGCCUAUAAGAAGAAAAACCAUCGCCGAUUUGGACGUCAAAACCUUCCAAAAUGCAGCAAAACUCUCGCGGAAACUUAUUCGCCUGCAGACUAUGAGAGCAAAAUGCAAAAUAUGCGAACUGUAAGAAGGGUAUUCUCGUGAUUUCAAGUCCACUGAGGGGUACUUAAAACAAGCAUUUUUGACAAAACAUUUAGUGCUUUGAAAUAUUGCGAGCUGGUAAAGUACUUCAUUUGAAUGUGUGUCCCCUUCGUACAAGGUAACAUACAUGGUAUAUGGGCUCAACUAUCAUUAACAAUGGUCCCUUUCUGGUUGACAAUAUCUCCCGUACAGUUUUGUGUAAAAGCACAUUAACUGCAAAUCGCCCUUGCACGCCCAAAUUUGUACGAGAUUCUGGACCUGCGUUGACGUGGUGCUUACAGUCAUGUCGUCACUAGUCACUGUAACCGAUGUGAUUUGCACGCUCGAGCAAUUAAAUGAUCUUUAGUAGUGCAACAUAAUUUGAAUGCAGCAAAUCAUAAAAUAUGCCCUAACCCUUUGAAACCCCCAGUCAGUCGGAAGUUCAUUAAAAUGCGUCGAACAUAGGUUUCAAUUACUAGUGAUCGAGUGUCGUUUAAAUGAAGACAAUAAGAGCGUUUAAAGUAUUAUACCUUUAGUUAGAAACAACAAUUUUCCUAAGAAAAGAAGGAUUAACAGAUAAUCAAAUAUCCGCGUUAAAUGCUUGAACUUUAUUUGCUUAAAUUCUUCGGUUACUUAAGUAACCGAAGGUCUGCUCAAGCAACAGACUUGGUAGAUAGAACGACAUAGGCAGAGCAACGUUUAAAAAACAUUCAGAUUUCCGGAUUAGAUAUCACUAAAGAUAUAAUGUACUUUUUCGAAUGUCAGCCAGUCAGAUGGCUUAAGGUGGCUUUUCUGUGCCAAAACGGUUUCACGGAAAUUUGAGAUUUUUCCCUUUUGAAAUUUACUAUGCCAAAGGAGUUGCUGCUUAAAUUCGUGGGUAGGGACGUCUAGGAAAUUCAAGUUUCCACAAAGUUGUCUGUUGGAAGGUGAGACAGUGACUAGAAGGUUCGCAUAAACUUAGUCAUAAAGAUUCCAUUUUUUGUUUAUCAUGAAAGGUUUUCUUCCGUCGAAUAAUUUCAUGCUUUCUGGCGAGGUUAGUUGAGUUUAUUGACGUCCUCUAAGCAUUAGUGAAUAAUUUAUGUCCUUCAGAACUCCUAGCAAAUUGCCGAAAUGAUAGGUCCAUAGACUCGUGUCUAUAAACACCUUCAGGAUAGGACGGUUUUUGAAAGCUUCUACUUUAAUAAUGAAUUUUCAAACGUCCCUUUUUAUGCAGGUGACGGUCAGUGUAUUAUUGUCAACUUACCCAUACUGGAAAUCUAGUGGUGGUGCACAAUAACAGCCUGCAAUGAAUACGCCCUUUCUCAAUUUAGAAAAAAAAGAUUGUUUAUAAGUGUCAUUCUAAAAGUAGCUUUGCUAUGAUAUUUCGCCGACGAUUUUCAUCCUCCCUUCUCUCUAACCAAAACAAAAUAGAACAUUUUGCCCGUUAUGUCCUUUUUCAAAAUAUAUGGAUUACGGUUCUGCCUCAAACGACAAAAUUAUCUUUUCCCUUUUAGUAAAGCCUUUUUGUCAUAUCUGUCUAUUAUUAGGCUACGGUGAACGAGUAUAAAUGUUAAAUUUUGAAAAAUAAGACUGUCUCUUCGGAACAGGUUUAUUAGAAUCCUGACGUUCUGGGGAGUUCAGUCGGCUCGCCAUCGUCAAAGCCCAAAAUGCACUAAAUCGAAUAGAAAUAGAAGUAGCAUGCAACGCUGGUCGGCCUCAUGCUGAUCAAUUUUUUUCUUUCGCUGCCUCGGACUUUUAGGGUAUAUUUGCCGAGGUUUUUAGCUGCGCGCGUCGUUGAUCGCCAUAUCGUCGGGAUUAGGUGGCUGGGUCGAUGUCGAGGUUGGUCAGUCUAUCGGCUCAUUUACUUCCUCGUCGAAUGAACUCAUCGUCGGCCUGUAUGUGUUGUCGUCUGGUUCUGAGAUUUACGAACGUAAUGACGUAGGACUUUGUGAGUUGCAGGAAGGUCCAGAUGUUUAUUGAUGGAUUUGGCAUCUGAGUACCGCGCUCCAAGUGUUAGCCGUUCUGUCUUUAAUUUGUCCCGGCCUAAAAUGGUAACUUCAUGAAGUUAGAAAGUAUGACCAGUUUCUCCAACAUGCGCUGCAAGCUUAGAGUUUGGGUUUAGCCUCCAAGUUGCCAAUUUGUGCUCCUUCGAGCGGAUCUGUAAAUUCCGUCCUGUUUCCCCAACGUAUUUGCAGUCCCAUCACUGCAACCUAAUUCAUUUACAAUUGCCGUAAUUCUAGUGGGAGGCAGUCUGUCCUUAGGUUACAUCAAACGAUGCAAAACUAUUGCCUGGGUUCGAUGGGCUGUGCCCACUGUGGCAGGUUGUAACAGUCGAGAGACCGCCUUAGAGACCCCUUUAAUGUUGACAAUGGCCCUCCAGGCUUUUUGUUGCUGCCCUUUUGACCGUCGCUUGUGCUCUCGACGCCUGCUUUUCUGGAUAACGUGAGUGAGAUCACAGUUAGUUGCAAAGAAGUUCUGAAGGUAUAGCCGUUCGGCCCUUAUAACCUCUGGCGUGCUGCAGUGUGUUGCAACUUUUUGACUUUAAUGCGGACACAGCUACGUUAGUGAGACAGAAGGCAGUUGUUUUUGAAGUGUUGUAUCUGCCGCGUGUCGACGGCCCUUCUGAAUGCUGUAGUUUGCAGUUGUCCAAUUGCACAUCGACGCACAAGAACAUCAAGAAAGGGGUGGUUGAUCAUCUGUUUCGGCUUCCAUCGUGAAGUAGAUAUUCGGGUCAACGGAGUCCAGCACUUCUUUAAGGUGCUCAAUGUCGGUUGUUAUGACAAAGGCAGUUUUGCAAGCACAACGAGCCCCGAACUUCGGCUGAUAAUUGGUGAACACCAAGUGUUUUAUCCGUUGAAGGACGACUAAGGCAAUCAGGCCUGAUUAGGGGGAGCCCAUAGGGGUGCCUUUAAUUUGCCCGUACAUUUGUCUAUCAGAGGUGAAACAGGUCUUAAUGCAGUGUCGUAGAAGCUCGAGCAGAUGUUCGGACUUCGGGAGUUUGUCUCUAUCCUCAUGGGGUCCAUCCACUAGUCGGUCCACAACGUCUGCCGUUAGAUGCUGUGGAAUGGAAGCGAAGAGCGAAACGACGGCAAUGGAUACCAUGGAUUCAUCUGGCUCUAUAUUUAGGUGUUCAUGCGCCCGAGGAAUCUACUCGCAGAUUCUACUGUUUUCGGUGAGUCUUCGACAAAAUAUCCAAACAACCAAACAUCCAUUUUGUCAAAGUGUAUGCCGAAGAGCCACGGGAUAUUCGAUUCGCCUGAAAGGUACAUUUACCUUGCGUACCUUCCGCAGACCGUAAAAACGAGCAGCGGACUGACCACAUUGAUGAUAAUUAUCUUCCAAAAUUAUUGACGAUGUGCCUCUUGCGUUUGUAAAUAAACUGUGGAAAGAAACACUACCGAACAAAAGUAUCUGACAGUAUGGAAAAAAUGCAUAAGGCCUACUGAUCGUGGAGCUUUUUGAAGUUGCUUAUGCUGUACAUGCAUAUGCCUAGAAAUUAUGAAGUGAGUUCAAACAAAAUAUCUCCAGCAGGCAAUAACACUUUAUUUUCAAGCAUUAAAAAAACCCACUCAAAAAUCUGAAUUUCAAACGAAAAAACUGUUUUUUAUUCAAAAAACACGUCUUGCCUCAUUUCCCCGAACAAGAUAGUCAAGUUGCAAGUUGUGGCAUGGAUAACGUACAUGAUUGGGGUCAGAAAACAGUAACCUGUAGGGCGUUUCUUACAGGAAUUUCGGUACUAUGACUUAUACGGGUGUGGCCUCAUAGAAGCGUUCAGGAACUGCCUUAAAAGCAAACUGCGCGAAGGAGGCCUUGAGUCCGGCAGAGCGGCAUGGGUCCACAGGGAUGAAACACAGUGCGCCUUUGAUUUGGGCUGAACAAUCUGGGCCUAAAGCAGGCAAAGGAGAACUUUCUACUCCAUACUGCCGAAGUAGAGGAGUAGGUCGUGUCGUAAUAUUCUCCGUUAGGUACCCGGACAUGACGGGGAUGUGUAAGGUGGGAGUAUGCAUCCUUCCAACUCCGGACAAAUCUGUCUUUGUCUAAAGGAUUGAUUGUAGAAGUGAGUGUAUGUGGGAAUUUUUGCAGCGCCGCGUGCGUGGGGCGGUGUAGUUAAAAAAAGAUCAUCCUGCUUGUACUAGAGCCGUCGUAGGGCUUGCGUGGAUUCCGACCGAAAACUCUACCAAGCGCCUUGGUAGAUAAAUAGAGUAGGUCAAAUACGUUAUCCUUACCCAAGUUCUUAAUGACACUUUUGGUAUAUUUUCCUGAUUUACUCGAGAAUGCGUUCAAAUGUGAAGAGAUGUCUGGGACAGCUGUCAACAGCAAAAAUUGUCCAAAUAAGGUACUAUUAAUUUCCGCCAGAAAACUAUAGUCUUUCCGCUGUUAUGAUAAUGUACGUGUGGAAAUCUUUGUAAAUUUAGUUACGUGUAUAUACAGUACUAUUGAUAGAAUAAGGCAAUAAUAGAAAACGUAAAAACUUCAACAAUGGAUACCUUGACAAAGAAUGCCUUUGCUGCUGUUGGAGAAAAUCGAAUUCCCAACUCAGAACAGAAUACAAAACUAGUUAAUUAAAAGAACACCGAUCACGCUCGAAAGAGGGUUGCAAAAGGGGGAACGGAAUGUCAACAGGGGCCAAAUGUGGAAGCACUUGUAAGGAGGGCGUGGAGAAUUCCAAGCGUUGACCAGCUGGAUACAACGGUAUAAAUGCACUGCAAAAACGGCUUUGCUGUUACAUCACAAGUUAAUGAGUAAAAAAUGCAAUGAGGGAUCUCUAAUGAAGUAAUCACCUCGGUUUCCGUCACCACUUUUAAUGAAUUGCGUCAACGAACGUAUCUUGAACUCGAUUGUUCCUGCUGUUCUUCAGACAGUGUUUCUUGAGCGAAGCCACUUAUUUCAUCAGUAUUUGCUAUAACCCGCUUGCGAUUACAUUACGAAUUUUCUAGAAUAACAGUCCCCCAAAAGUUCUUGUAUGAGUUCCUGCUAAUGUCAUUCGAGCAGUUAUUCUUUCUUCAGUCCACAAAAUAGGCCCAAGAUUCGGAAACUAAAUUUUAUAACCAUCUGAAAGAACAAAUUUCUCAGCUCCAUGAAGCAAAAGUAAACCCUGAACGCAUCUUGUCAUCAGUUGUUUAGGUAUGAAUUUUCUUCUGGCUAAUUUAUUCGUUUCUACAAGCAGAUUGAGUAUAAUUAGGGUACAAGUGAGUGGUGUCUAUUGUCGACUCUAGUUAUAGAUUUUUCAUCUGCCGAAGCUUCGGCGUCGCCUAUCAUUUUGGAAAAGCCACACCUAUGGGUAGGGAUUAGGUUCGAAGUCUAUUUCAUGGCCGCGAUCUCAAGUCGUCUGCAAAAGGCUUAUUAAUGCAGCAGAGACGGGGUCCUAAUGACAAAAUUAAACAAACAAAAAUAGUUGAAAUAUUCCGUUUUUACUCUUAAAGCUGAGCAUUUUAUUGAGACACCCUGCGGGGACUUUUUAUGUUAAUUUUUAAGGAACCUGGCGAGUUGGCCUCUAUCUACUAAAAUGGGCAUAAGCGUAAACAAAUUCGUCAAAAUGACGACUAUUAAAUUGAAGAAACACACCAGGAUUUUUGGCGAAGUCGGUAUUUUCCACUUUUACGGCAAUGCAAUUUACUUUAUAAAAUUAUCUUUAAUUAGUGCCUUAACCAGGUUUUGCCUUUGCUUGGGAAAGGAGAGAGAAAUCUUAUUAGAAGAACUCUUUUCACAAAUUGACAGAACACUGGCUAUCACGGACAGUUUUGGUUUGGUAUUUCAUCCUUGAAUUCAUUCAAAUAACACAGUCCUUUCAAUGAAACCGUCAACUUUGUAUUUAUUUGGAAAAGUGCUUAGGAUUGUAUGAAAGUCUUCGAGGCCCAGAGGAGAUGCCCUGUCACCUAAAAGAUAAUAAUGAUUUCCUGCCAGAUAUAGGAUAGUUCAAGAAAUACUAAUAACGACCAACGAAGUUAAUUUAAAUGACGGAUUCUGAAUAAAUCUCAAAAUUCAGAAAUGAACAGACACACUAGAUGCUAAAACUUGUAUUCGCCGCAUAUUUGCCAAGCGUAAGUAGAAGUGCGACCGCUGGGCAAUGGUCAUUACAUGGCAUCUUGGUAAAGAAAACCUCCUUCAGUAAAUUGCCCAUUAAACUCGGAACAAUGUCAGAUUUCAGUAACUUCAUUCUUUCUAGGCUAGCUGGUAAACACUUUAUCAAAUAGGCCCAUCAAUCAUGAGAAUUGCGGGCAUAUUGGAGAGAAGUGAGGCCUUAAUUGUGUUUUGAAACUAGUGGUGCUCUGUUUUAACCCGCGUCUUAUACAUACUUGCUUAAAUCUAUGUGGUAAAUAUUCGUGUAUCUCGGGUACUUUACCACAGGGCAUUGAAAGGACCGCGCCAUAAACGGAACGAGUUUGUAUUUCUCUCGCACAUGUGUAUUUGGUCAACUUAUUCCUUAUUUUAACAUCGUUUAGUCUCCGCAGAGAGGAUAACUUGAACAUUUCUACUUAGAGAGGAUGUUUGAAAGAUUGUGUUACCCUAACGAAGUUGAGCACGGUCAAAUUUGGUGAAGACAGUAGAAUUCGAUCGCAUCAUACACUAUGAGGUUUUGUUCAUUUACGAACGGCUUUCAUUACUUGAAAGCCUGAAAACAACAGGAAAGCACGGCACUUGCUGACAAAACGCAAUGCAGUCACAGUAUCCUGGACGUGUGGAAGCGUCUGGUGGGAGGGAGGAUGUAAGGUUUAACUGGCCCAGACCCCUUGUCGAGGCAAGGUUAUUGUGUCUUGGGUGGCGAGUGUGCCCCCUAAAACGGGCCAGGCGAUAGACGCGCUGUGCCAACACGGGGCCUGGAUCGGCGUCCAGCAAACGAUAUUAGGAAUGCGCACCCAUAACAAAUGUCAAAAUUAGGAGUAUAAUAUAAGGUCCAUGUGCAGGCACGCCUAUUGGGAUUCGAACCGCCCCCCCCCCACAUGUGUUGUUGUAUAUAAUCCUGGUUAGCCUACUUUGUGGGCCAGAGGAUGUGUUGGUACGCCUAGGGGCGGGUUUUUGCCGUGCCAGUCACCUGUGACUUCUCCUGCCUCCGGCCUUCUUGACACCGAAUCCAGGUUGUUCAGGGGGAGAGAGUGCGGCAGGUGCAGCCCAAGUCUACUAUCACUUUUAUUCACGCACAAGUCACCGCUCCUGAACUCAUCCUGCUGUAAAGCACAUGGUGGACAUCUUGGGUCACGACGGUGAGACUGUCGCGUGCGCUGAGAGCGUGACAGCCAGUCAGUUUGCAAAUUUUCUGGUUGUCUUUCAAAAAAUGAUCUCGUUGUCUGCUCAUCCCGAUAGCAUGGAAUGCCCGAACAACGCAACUCAAUUGCAUUCAACUACUGACAUGUUUCCAGUGCCAGAGUCCCUAGUAUACUUUUGGUCCAAAAAUAGCUUAUUAUCUACUCGCGUCAGUGGACUUUUCGAUCCCUCCUGGUUGGAUAAUUUGCCGAAAGAUUCCCACUUGCUUACCACAAUAUAUGUAAGAAAUUGGGAAUGGCCUACAAAUAAACGCAUUCGUGUUUGGAUUUCCCCCUUUCGAAUCUACCUAAUGUAUCCCAGUGAGGAAGAUUUAAUAUUUUGUUUCCGAUAUUCACUAAAAUAUUCUAGGGAAAAAAAGUGCUGAUAUAGGAGUUGCACGAUUGCUUCCGUUCGCUUUAGUAGGCUCCAGAGCGCGUGAUAGAAUUCAUCGAAAUUUUAGAUAUUCGAUUUUAGACGCUAUUUAUAAAGGGAGGUUGAAAUGUGGCGCAAAAUAUUGUCCAUUAUUAUGUUAAGCGGCAGACGGAAGGGUGUUGAUAUUUGGUUGAGAUUAUUUCUAACCACCCGUCAAAACGUACUCGCCAGGCGUCAUUCUAUUUCAUUUUUUUCCUUUUUCCUUAUUUUUAACUUUUAUAUGAAUCGCGUCAUAAGUUGCCGAGAACCAAUCGAUACAUGAUAAUCCGCACGGCCGCCACUUAGUGGCACAUACACCCAGCAAAUGUCAAUUUUCAAGCAGGUGUAAAAUGUGACCUAGACGGUUAGUGGAAAACAUUUUCAUUUGAAGUCCAGCAGCAUGCUAUUUAUUAUUUAGCUAAGGAUUGUCUUCCAUGAUAAUCAAUAGUACAUCCAGACACAAAUCAUCUUUUCCAUUCGAAGAGUGAGUAAAAAUCCCCGACGAUUUCUUUGUGUGUUUCUCCAUGCGCAACAUUUUAAAAUGUGUUCGACCCAACUUUAACGUAUCUAUUUCUAUAAAAACGAAACCUCCGAAUAUGCAUUUUGCAGAUGAAAUUCUACGCGGCGAAUGUUCUUCGUGAGACCUGGCUCAUAUACAAGUACACGAGACUUGUAAAGAAGUUAAAUGCCUCUACUAUCAGGAGACACCAACGGAAAUUCUUGCAUGCAAUCCAUGGGUGAGUAAAAGUAAACUGUUUUCAAGGCAAGCCUUCUGCAUGCUAUAGGUCAGCAGUGUUCUUUGGAUAUCCAAAGAAGGAAUUAAUGGGGUCUAUAAAUAGCAGUAGAUUGUCAGAAAUCAUUGCGUGCAGCUUAAAACGGCCAUCGUCAUGAAUGCCGGCAAAGAUGGUGCAGAUUAUCAAAGGACGUUAUAGGUCCGACAGAGACCACUUCAAGCAAAAUGUUCUAAAUAAUAGAGCCGAAAACAGGAGUUGAAAAUUAAUAAAUGAUCACCAACGCAACUCUAAAUAUGUCCCAGAGUUUUGAGCCAUCAGAAUUAAGCUCAGAUGGUUUCAGUGAUUUACGCAUGCGUCCAGGGUCAUUUUACUCCCAGUAGUUAUUGUUCGGUAAGCAGGCAAAUAUGACGAGAUAAGGAAGACUUAUCGUAAGUGGACUAAAUGAACUUGGGAUAGGUUAUUCAAUGCAAUGACGGACUGGCUGGUGGGAAUAAAAAUGCCUUCGUGGAGGAUUAAAUGACUAUUUUCGUAGUCCUAGCGUAGGCGUCAAAAAUCCGAAUCAAAAAUUGGUCGUCCGUAAUCCAACAGGAGACUGCCAACUUGGAGAUUUAAAGAAAUUUCUGGGCUAGUUUUAAUGGAAAAUAAACCAAGAAUGUAUGUGUUACGGAAAUUAACGUCAAAAAUGUUAAACAGGCGAGUAUUAAGACACUUUGAAUUUCGACGCAAUUUCCGGCGUCUGAAGGAAAUCUGCCGAUCAUUUGACAAUUGCCUGGGGAAAACGAUGGGUGACCAUAUCACUGGUUGGGAGACCCCUGGACCAUUACAUUUUUUAACAUCGAUAUGCCAGCCUGUUUAGUGUGUGACAACGGUCUUGAGAUGAUUUAUUGUAGUGAACAACUAAGCUGCAGUUUCCAAAAGAAUACAGUUACAGUGAUCCAUAAUUAUUCAACUGCCACCGGAAUUCAAAUACAGAAAUGAAACCGGUAUUCAGCCGAAUGCAGGCCCUGCCACUAGGCAAUAUUCCCAAGUUCUCUUUUAACAAAGUUUUAUAAAACUCACUUCGGCACAAAUGGUUCUUUACAGAUUUAUAGAGUUAAAGUAUAUAGCAUUAUGAGGCUCGCGCUUUUGUUUUUGGCCAAUCAGACAUUGAGAGUAUACUGCAAACGACUAUUCCUUCCAGAAGGUGAUCAGGACAAAACCUGUAAAUACCAAAUUUCAAGAGGACAUGCUAUUGUGUCUAAUGAUAUACAAGGUUUUUAUAGGAAUAGACGGUUAACAUAAUAUCGUGACAAAUGCGGAAGAUGCCAAGCCAUGUCUGAUGUGUGUGAAUAUGUUGACUCACCUUUGAAGAUUCGAAUAUGGUAGACGUUGCGCAUUACAUGUCCCAUUACUGAAUCUAGUCUGUUCUGGAGAAGCAGAGAGAUGAUAUUUUAACUCAUUCCUAGGUUAUGGUUUCGAUUUUAGAUGUCGUAAAAAAAGAAGAAAGACCGGUAUCAUCGAUUAAACCUUGAGGACUGCUUACAUGUCCUUCUCCUCCAGACAGGACACGAUAAUUGAAACGCCGCUCUGUUGAGCAGCCUCCAAGGAUACGAGUUUUCUCCCAUGCACAUAUGUGUCCAUUGAGUACGGGACCAUCUGGGGAUGUAUUGUCCGGUCUUCUCGUCACCAGCCAAUGAUCAUGCUUACGGCUAGAGGCAACCACUUUAGGCCACCUCAAAAUUUUACGUUAAAUGUUGUGACGACUUACUUCUUGCCGAGGUGGCCGACCCUUUUCUACGGGGUGUAUAGAACUGGUUAGAAAACUAGUUGUAGGCUCGUAAGUUACGUGCAUCAUGCGUUUUUUCAGCUGUCUUUCGAUGGACACAGAUGCAUAUCUACGCAAGGCACAGGUUGUUAGCUGGUUGGUUUUGGGCAUUUCUACGGCGGUAUUGUCGGAAAAGCCACUGUUUUUAGACUCUUUUCGACAAACGGGUGGGCGCACAAGGUCUAGGUAAUAGCGUUUUUCGUGAGAGCAACUUGUAACUCGACGAGGAAGAGGGUUUGACUCCAUUUAGUAAGCUGCUUGACCAGACUCUUUUGUGGAAGACAGGAUGUUCACUUUCAUAAUGCGGGAUAACUUCUGAGCAUGCCUGUUUUUCGAUAAACCGAUGCACACGGUCUUCCAUUUGGUUUUCGAGGUUGUUGUACGUCAACGGGUCGCGAAUGUUCCAUUGACCUCCACUUUUAAGCAACAUCGAUUCCUGGGAGUAUUUGAUUACAAUUAUUAUGAAGCACUACUAGUCGAUCCUUUUUGACGAUUGCAGAUACGCCGACUGUAUGGCACAUUUCUCGUUCCGCAUUUGGUGGGGGAACGACUUAAUUUCUAAUUUCUGCCUUCUGGCCUCUGCUAGUACGUCAAUUGUAGGCGAGUCUGCCGAAGCGCCUUUAGUUUUCAAUAUUAUUAUUUUAAAAAAAGUUGGAUUCUGGACGGAGAUCGAGAAGUUGAAUUGGAGCGUCCGUAGGCACAGUUGAUUUGUAACCCUGAGUGGGUUUUCCCGUAUGCUAUUACACUGCAUGUCGCGGAAUUGAGGUUGACAGGGCAAUCUCGUCAUCUUAAGCAAUUAUUUCGUCAGUUGUGAAUUUAUCUCUUUUUAUUUUGUCUAAAAAUUGCGCAAAAUCUUCAUUUAGGUCACGGAAUGCCUAUCAAGUGAAUGGAGACGUUGAAACUGCCACUUAUAAAUUAUGUAGUAUUGUGAGGCGUGUGAGGAUAUGAAAAGUUGCAGUCGAAUACGAAUUUUACUCUAGGAAGUCUGUAGGUCUUCGCAGUUUCCAGUUCAUCUUGUUGUAGGAAUUUCGCGAAAACUCUUGAAAAUAAUUUUGGCCCUACAACUCUUUUUUACACCUUCUUGGUGCGCGGGUUUUGCGAUUUUAUAAACUCAUCUGGUAAGAGUUUUGUUGGAAAUCAUCUUUCAGCCAUGACUUAAGCUUCUCCAUGUAGCAUGCGCUGGCAGUCCUCUGACACCUGGUUCUCUGUCGGUAGAUGCGUUUGCGCUCCCGUUGGGUCGUGAGAGUGGCUGCCCAGUCACACUCCUCCCUUUGACCCAUCGUGGUGUUAUUGUUGGUUAAAAUUGUUGUGUGAAGCUGGCGGUGUAGAGUGGAGCGCCAAAGUGCGGGCUCAACCGCGCCAUCCACCUGCGCCCUCCCCCGCCUCCGGUCCUCUUGACUCUGUAUUUGCACGGAGCUCAGGGGGCGGGAAGGGGGAGAGAGUGCGGCAAAUGCAGCGCAAGUCCAUUACCACUAUAGACCAAUUCACGCGCAAGUUAUCGCCCCUGCUUCAGCGGGCUGUGGAGCACAAGGUGUAUAUCAUCGGAUGCGACGGUCGAACUGUCAUGUAUUCAGUCGUGUUUAGAACGCAGGUGUAACCUUCUUCGCUACUGGUUUAAAUUUCGGUCUUUUCCAAGCAAUAUUAAUGAUCUUUAUUUGUUGUACGCUUACGUUUCAGACCUAUUUCGGUUUUCCAUUAUAGCGUCGGAUAUAGUAUAAUCUAACGCACCAAAUACUUCGUGAUUUUCUUGAAUGUCCAUCUAGUUUCUCUGAUUUUUAUCUCUUAUAUAGAUGUUCUCGCCGCUUCUCUUUCAGUGCCCACUUUUACUCGCACUAUUAGUCCUUAAAAUUCCAAGAUAAUGUCGUAUACUUGGUAUCAGUGUGAAGUGGCAUCGAGAGUGAAUUUCUAUUUUUCGACCAAAAACAAAAACUGCAUCCGAAAUCUGGUCGUUAUCUGAUUAUUGUUGUCAGAUGCAGAGAAUUCACAGCUCUUUGAGAAAUCGUUUAUUUGGAGCCCUUAAAAUGUUUCUACUAAAAGAUUUACUAUUUCAGACUCAGGCAAAUGAAACUUGAACAGCGUCGGCUGCAGGACAACGCCAACACACUCGUGGACCUUGCCAAGGUAGAAUGUAACCAAAUGAAUUUUCUCUUUGCAGUAGACAGUGCUCUUUUAAUACUUGUCUCAUAA